AUGUCCGAGUGCAACGGAGGACGUGAGUAGAUGUAGAUGUGUUUAGUUAACAAGGUAGGGACAAGCUGUUGGGAGGUGGGUAGGAGUCUUACAGUGCAAUCCUAGGCAUGUUUACUCAGAAGUAAGUGUUACUGAAAGGAGUUUACUUAGUGCAUUUGGGAUUGCAGCUUUUAGGGGUGUGUUCAAAAGAUACUGAGAGGAAUAAGACAGUGGUAAGUAGGGGCUGGUAGAAGACGAAUGAUCUGGAGUCCAGCUAUGGGGGGCAUCAGGCAAACUUUUGCAUUAUAGUGGUUCUCAAUAGUUAAACAUUUGGUCCUAGGUUAGCAAAGGGGUUGAAGUAAAGGGUAGGAGGCUUGGGCACUGUUUAAGAUUGGAACAGCAGCUGAAAAAAACAGAGAAGUGUAUGGCUUUGGUGUUGCAAUCAGAAUGAGGUGUUUUGAUGUAUAACUGGGACUGAUAAUGGAAAUGAAUGAGUGUGAAGUCCUGAGGCCAAACCAUAGGUGCCAGGCAAACAUCUGAAGUUUUAUUUCUGCCUGAGCUCACAGAGGCCUUAGUCUUGGAAAAGUCUCCCACACUGGAACGUGCUCUGUCAUAUUUCUAUAUUAACCAACCUUUUUGUGUUUUUCAGAACCUUAUUUCUUUUUUGUGCCUUUUCUAAGAAACAGGGCAGUUAGCCUUUAGAUCCAUCCUUAACUCCCCCUUGCCCUGUUUCCACCUUGCAGCAGCUGGCACCCCCGAGAUCCCACGCUCGGCAGCCGAGGCUUUUGUGGAGGCAACAGGCCAGGCCCUGGCAUGGACACUUGCUGGUGGGGGCUCGGAUACACUGGGCUCUACAGGCAGCAAUGCCCAGAAGAAGCGUCUCCAGCACAACAAGCAUAAAACCCAGGGGACCAACGUGGUGCACCGUUCACCACGAGCCCUCUUCUGUCUCAGGCUGAACAAUCCCAUCCGCCGUGCUGCCAUCAGCAUCGUUGAAUGGAAGCAUCCUAUUCUUACAAAUUGGGAGACAUCUGACUCGGGGUGGGGGUGGGGAGGCCCUCUUUUUUUCCUUGGGGGAAGGAGGGAGAAGAAAUUCCUGUUUGUUGCCUUAACUGAAUGUUCCCAGACCCUUUGAUAUCCUCAUUCUUAUGACCAUCUUCGCCAACUGUGUGGCCUUAGGAGUCUAUAUCCCUUUCCCUGAGGACGACUCGAAUGUCUCCAACCACAACUUGGUGAGUGCCUUUCCCAAAGCCUUGGAGGAAAGGGUGGGGAGUGGGGGAGAGCAUAGUGCAAUGGCAGAGCACAUAUUCUGCAUGCUGAAGGAUGCAGGGAAAAGGAUUUUGGACAGCUGGAGGCCUCAGAAAACUGUUGUCAGAUAGUACAGGUACUGAACUAGAUGGGUAGGCCCAAGGGCUGACACAGGAAGACAACAUCAUGUGAAGCCAGGAAUAUUGUCUCCAAGGUCUGCUUCCUUGCUGUAACCCACCACAUGCCACCUUCCGGCUAGAGAUACCCCAAAUCCUGGAUCACGCAGCUGCUCCUUAUUUUUCUUCACCUUGUAGUCCAGUAAACUCCUUUGCCGUGGCCUCCUUCUUCCUUAAUGAUUCCACUUUUACAUCUUGAUUUCUGUCUGAGGCAACACGUUAAUGCUAAUUAAAACUAUUAUCUCUUAAUAACCAUUAAUCCACCACCUGACUGAGGGCAGCUGAGGCAACAGGCUGCCCCUUGCCCCCUCAUCCCCACAGCUUCCUAGUUCACCCUGGUGACCGAGGGUCUUGCAGUGAGGCCACAGAAGCUCCCCUAUGAAUUUGAAGUCAUCUGCUGAUUGCAGCUGGGGUCAGGGCUGGAGUUUGAUCUCAGCUUCCCUGGAGUAAAUCCAGAAUAAUCCAUGACUGAAACUGGAUGGGGGCCAGUUUCUGAUCUCUGUUUCUCCCCUCUAGGGUAAAUCCAGAAAUGCUUGACACCAGUGAAGUCAAAGACAGAACUUGAUCUCAUUUCUCUGCCAGCCAUUUUUUUAAGAAUUAAUUUUUUUACAGUUCACACAGUACAUAUACUGUACCACUGUGGGAGGGCUUUGUUGUUUACAAUGGCAGGACAGAGUCCAGAGAUUCUGUUCUCACUGAAGGAGAGGAUAACAUUUAUUGGUAUAAAAGGAAAGAAGCAGAAAGUAGUGCUAACUGCACUGUGUUUCUGGUUCUCUUACUAGUGGGUCUCAGUAAAGAUGUGAUAGGGAUGGCCUAUUGAUCGGGAUUUCUGGGUUAUGUGCUAUAGCUCCACAUAUCUUUUCUUCUCUGUGUUUUUGUGUUUAUUUAUAUUGAAUUUUGCAUGCCGUGAGUGGCAAAUGCAUGCUCCUCUUUUCUGGGGAGUGUGUGUGCAAGUGGCCACACUUAUUCCUGUAGCCUUGCAUAUGUGUGAUACUCCCAACUCUUUUCUCUCCCUCCUAUUUCCUUGCCCACUCUGUAAGCUGCUUGUGCUGGUGUUGGACUGAGAUAAUGCUAAUCCAGAGAAUUUUUUGUCCAUUUCCCUUGAUGGGAAUUUCCAGUCUCUUUCUCUAGUGUAACUUUCCAGAACUGGAGCUUUCAAGUGGAGCUCUUUGGGAUUGUCCUGACUUUGGAACAUGUGACUGGUUUCAAAUCCCAAUACAGUGGUACCUCAGGUUAAGUACUUAAUUCGUUCCGGAGGUCCGUUCUUAACCUGAAACUGUUCUUAACCUGAAGCACCACUUUAGCUAAUGGGGCCUCCUGCUGCUGCCGCGCCGCCGGAGCACGAUUUAUGUUCUCAUCCUGAAGCAAAGUUCUUAACCCGAGGUACUAUUUCUGGGUUAGUGGAGUCUGUAACCUGAAGCAUAUGUAACCUGAGGUACUACUGUAAAGUGAUAGAUUGCUUCUCAGGACACAAGCAGGAGAAGUUUGGAAGUAUAAUUUGGGCCUACUGGCCUUCUUCCUCCACAGGAGCAAGUGGAGUAUGUUUUUCUCAUCAUAUUCACGGUGGAGACUUUCCUCAAGAUCCUUGCCUAUGGACUGGUCAUGCAUCCCAGCGCCUACAUCCGCAAUGGCUGGAACCUUCUCGAUUUUGUCAUCGUUGUGGUGGGGUGAGUUUUUUCCAUGGCAUGAUGAGUGAGUGCAAAUCACUUCUGCAGGUUGCCAAAAGUCCCAAGUAUAUCUCUCCAAAUGGACUGCCUGGCAACAGAGAGAGGGGAGAUUUGGGGAAACUGCAGUAGCGCAGCUCUACUGCAGCAUCUUAAUGCAAAUAAGUCUGUAUAGCAAGCGAUUAUUAACGAAGUUGAGGAAUUAGAUCCAGGUCCUGAGAAAAGCCCUUGUUUCUGUAAAAUGUGUGCCAAAGGAUGUGUCCUUUCUUACCACUGUGAUGGACAAAGCUGUCAUAAUUCUUUCAACCAAACAGUUAAAAGUACAGGAAGCCCUAUUGGGGGUCUGUACCUGGCAAUGUUAGUAGGAAGGGAGAGAGGCCCAAGUCUUGUGUUUGAAGGGACUUGAAAUGGUCAGCUAGCCAGAGCCAGUGCCCAUUGCUAAAUGCUUAUGCCUUGAACAUAUGAAUAGGACUCUUAUUGUAAAUAGGCCAUGCAGACACAACAUCAAAUAAAGUAGAAGGGAACGAGCAGAGCAGCACUAAAAUGCUGAUGAAUUUUCAUGAGGCCUUUUAAAAAAUAAAGCAAACUGAUGUUGAAAUGUGAAGAGCUGUGCUUAAGCCUAGAAAAUGAGAAACUGAAAUAGACAUUCACCCAUCCCUACCUGUGACCUAAGGGGUGGUACCUGGUAGUUCAAAGUGUGGGGCCUGCUAAGAGAGGAAUGAGGCCUACUAUGGUCCCUGGUCGGGACAAGGGUUGACACCUGGCACCCUGGUGCCUGAAAGGAGAGUCUGAUGGACAUGAGGCAGGGGAAGGACAUGGAAUUAAUUGUAAAAGCUCUCAAGCAAAAGAAUCCCUGCAGCACACCAAGCUGCCCAUUUAUGGAAGCCACCUGAAAUGUGCUUCCCCAGAUGCCUCUGCUGCCAGAGGUGAAGCAGCUGGUGAACAUGGACAUGCUUGGUUGUGGUCCUCAGUUUGGGGAACAUCCUCUCCAGAGAGUUCUGACUGGCACCUUCUUUGCUACCUUUUAGGUGCCAGUUGAAAACAUUUUUCAAUUAUUCAUCAUGUCUUUUUUAUAUAAAUUAAUUUUAUUUCAUUUUAAAUAAAAUAAACAAAAUGGGCAAUUAUCUUGCAUAUAUGACCCAACAGAGAUCAUGUAGAUAACACUUUAUCCAAAUUCACCGUGACUCUUAGAUACAGUACAUUUAAAUUGUCUUAUGCUGUUUUAUUGUAGUUUUAAUGGUGUUUUUGUGUGAUUGCUAAUUACCCUGGAAUCAAAAAGUAUUGGGUGGUAUAUAUACUUAUAAAAAUCAAUAACACAAAUAAAAGAGGACAAUAGCCAGACCUCUUAAUUCAGUGGGAGGGACCACACUUUGCACAUGGAAGGAUCCAGGUUCAGAACCAGCACCUCUGGUUGAAAGGAUCAGGUGAUUGGGGGAAAAACCUUUGCUCAAUAACCUAAAGAGCCUGUCUUGCACUGGGCAGACCUACUUCAAGGCAGUUUCCUACACCCCCUGCCAGCCUGAGAUCCUGCUGUGCCUGGAGGUUUCUCUCCAUCUGAUAAAGAUCCUGAAACUUGAGGUCAGCUCCAGAGACAUGGCAAGUCUGUUAAAAGGCUAUGCCAUCCCACUUGUUCAUUUGCUUACAAAUUAACCUAUGACUGGUGUGGGGUCUAUGUGGCCCUUCUGAUAUUGCUGAACUACAUAUUGGUCAUACUUGCUAGGGCUGACUGGAGUUUUAGUUCGGCAACAUUUGGAGGACCGAAGGUCCCCUACACAUGGCCCAUGCAAUUCAGACUGCAAUAUGUGCUACAUACCAAGCCAUCCACUGCCGGGGGGGGGGUAUUUCUCCUGGAGCCAUAACCCUCAGGCAAGCCUUCUUUGCAGAAGUCCCAAGUAAAACCCCCUCCACCAUCAUCAGGGCCAUCAAGGACAUUUUACCACCCAAAAUGGCUGCACGUCAUUAUAUUAAAUGUGUGCCCCAGGACCUAUUGCCAUGGUGUGUCAGAUGCUGGCAUGGAUCAUGAGCCAUCUGUUGAGCAGCAGUGUACAGCAGUAGACAGUGUUGGGCAUGGACCAGGGAGAGCUGAAUUCAGAUUUCUUCUCUGCUUAGUGGUAAAGCUCACUGGGUAAGCCCAGGCCACUUUCUCACUAUUUUGAGGAUAAAAUGGAAUAACCUUGUAUACGAUGCCCUGAGGAUUCAAGUGUAAUUUAUCAGAUAUGUGGAGGCCAGCUAUUGUUGCUCAGAGGAGAGCAAAAGGAAUUAUGCUUAAUUGCCUUUAUUAUACCCCACAUUUUAGAGCCCAGCUCUGGUGUUUUGUGGGGGGGGGGGGAAGGCUCAAGCAUCUCCCCAGACAAUCCCCAAAUCCUUAGUUCCCUUUGGGAUUAGGUUAAGGGGAAUGAUCUUGAAAAGGGGAUAGUCCUUAUAGCCUGAGGAUCAAUACUCUGAGUCCUCAUCCAAUGAAGAACACCGAUCUCUAGAAUUAGAUCUGACCACCCCCUCCUUAAGGUAGUUUUAAAAGGGAUUAAAAUAUAGGAUUGGUCUAUCAGUGGCUGGCACCUCAACAUUGUGUUUUAAUUGUUGUAACUCGCUCUGGGACCAUGGAGUGGAUAUAAUAAUGAUGAUGAUAACAAUAAUACCCACCAGGGCCUGCUUCACACUGUUAGCCCUAGAGAGUGAAGGCCAUAAAUGGGUCUAUGGGGCUAGAAGCUAGUUUGCCAUUCUUUUAUCUGUGUUUGGGUGGGCUCUUCAUGGGAAGAAAGGUCCCCUGCCUGUCUCAUCGUGGUCCUUUCUCCCCCCCACAGUCUCUUCAGUGUCAUCCUGGAACAAGUUUCCCACAAGCCUGGAGAGGCUCAUCACAUGAGUGGGAAGCCGGGUGGGUUUGAUGUCAAAGCUCUGAGAGCCUUCCGUGUCCUGAGACCUCUGCGCCUCGUCUCUGGUGUCCCUAGUAAGCAUCUUUCUCUUUUACAAACAGGGCGCCUCCGGACUGGUGUUUAAUUGUUGGUGAACUUUCUGCAAUAUGUUCUUGACACAAUAAUCAUACAUGUAGUGGUUAAUUGAUUCUGCUUUAGUUUGUUGUGUGAUGUCUCCCCAAUGCUCUCCCAUUAUUGCUAGCCAGAGGAGCUAUCAGCACAACAAAUGGAGGACAAAAAUAAACCAGAACAUUUGGGGUAUAAAAAUUAAGGGGUUUCAGCUGGAAGUUACCGGGCAUGCGCUGACUGGAAAUGAAGCCGUCUGACCAUUCCAAAACUUCUGCAGGUGCAAACAGUAUUGAAAGUGGGAUCACAUGUAACUGCCCCAAAAUCAUCAAGAGCGCAAAUAAUCAUGAUGUGCAAUAAAAAGGAUGUCUGGAGGGCCCCCCAUAUGUUUCCUUGGUAGUAGUCUCUGAAGAAAGAAGCCAAUAACAAUCAGUGCACUAUCAUUUGCACUGCUUUGGGUCAAAUUGAGAUGCCGUUGGGUUGAUGCUCUGAGCUGCAUUUAUACACUGUACAUAUACGCUGUACUGUAGAUGGUAUUUCUGCUGUACCACAUAUCAUGUGCCUAACUGUACAUACAGUGGUACCUCUAGUUAUGAACUUAAUUCGUUCCAGAAGUCUGUUCUUAACCUGAAACUGUUCUUAACUAGAGGCUUGCUUUCGCUAAUGGGGCCUCUUGCUGCUGUUGUGCCGCCGGCACAUGAUUUCCAUUCUCAUCCUGGGGCAAAGUUCUCAACUCGAGGUUACUCUUCCAGGUUAGUGGAGUUUGUAACCUGAGGCGUUUGUAACUCGAGGUACCACUGUAUUGGUUUUGCUGCUAGCUGCAUAGUGGCUGCACUCUGCUUUGCUUUGCCAGAGUAGCGUAUUGAGCAGAGAGGUGCUGUACCAUGUGUUGUCGCAGUGUUCUUGUGAUGCCAUAUCCACACUGCAUUGUGCACAGUUGCGCUGCUAUACCACAGAGCAAUAAAGACCAUUCACAGCAAUUUUGGGGCAUAUGCCACAUAAUGGUUGCCUUAUUGCACCUCACUGCAUGUUGUGGCAUUAGCCAGAGUCACUUUAUUUUGCCAAAACAUAUGCUAUCAUUCUGCACUAGAUCGCACUGCAGUAUUAUACUGCAGCUCAUGUUUAAUCUGCUACAAUGCAUCACAGGCAUUGCACUGUAUACAAUCAGACCUGCACAUCGAGCUUCAUGUUGGCUUCCAUGCAGACACACAGUAUUACCCAGAGCAUACCACGUGCACAUAUUUGCAUGCUGUCUUGCUAGGCAGCACAUCGACACAUUCCGUGUGAUUGCAUUAUUGUGACUUACAGCCACUCUGCAAGUCUCCUUAAAUACAGUUCCCACAAACUGCAUGCCUGCUGUGCAGGGCCACAUUAAAGCACCACUUGCAUUUUAGUUCAUGCUUCCACAUUGUAUUACAUGCUAUGCACAGCAGCACACAGCCGUAUUCACCAUGCUCUGCACUGCUGCAAGCACAUUGCACAAUGGAUAGCAGGAGCAGCUCCUUCAAUGCCGUGUAUGAAAUUUGACCCAGAGACAAUUCAUCUGCAAAUGAUUUAGCUUCAGGUUCUCUACAAAUGUUCAUUGUGCUGUGAAGGAGAAUGCCUCCACCCCUUCUGGUUGUAUUCUGCUCCUGAGACUGAGCUCUCCGCCUGCAGCCAUGUGCUCCUGUAUACAUGGCCAGUUGUGAUUGUUCUGCAUGUUGCAGCACUGCUCAUCAUGCUUCUGCAAAGUUAACACCAUGUUCUGAAUCCUCUCCACCAACUAGGCCUGCACAUUGUCUUGAACUCUAUCAUGAAAGCCAUGGUGCCCCUCCUGCACAUUGCACUGCUUGUCCUUUUCGUCAUCAUCAUCUAUGCUAUCAUUGGCUUGGAGCUCUUUAUCGGCCGCAUGCACAAGACCUGCUUCAUCGUUGGUUCAGGUAUAGUUCUGCAAGUGUGUGGGGGAGGUAUGUAGAUCAUUCUCGCCUCCAAAAAUGUUAAAUUUUAGGGAGAGAGACCAAUCCAAGUGUGUGCAAAUGAACUGUAGGGAAUAAUCCUACUCCUUCCUUCCAGAAUGGGGAAUAGCACUGCUGGGAUGAAUUUCUGUUGAAUUCAGUUUUCAGUGUGAGAGCUGCAGUUUUGAAGAAUGUGAAAGGCUUCUCUUUCAAACAUUUUUUCAUACCUAUUUGCAGCUAUCUUUUAUCAUCAUCUGCUGCUUUGUUGUUAUUGUUAUAAACUUGAAAGAGCCUUUCACAGUGUGAUCAGGAGCUACAUAGUGAGUUUCAUGUGUUACAGGGAAAUUGAAUGGGAGAGGUUGAGAGACCCCCCCCCCCAGCCUUGCCUCAUCACGAGGCAAGAACAGGGAGUCUUCACUGCACAUUAUCAAAACCUCCUUCAUUUGGGUUCAAAGCUCCAUUCGCAAGGUGCCAGUUUGGUCAGAGGCUCCAGAGCAGAGCAUGGCAGCAGAGUUUGCAGAAGGUGCCCACGCCUCCCCACGGAGCCUCAGGCCUCCAACAAAGGAAAACAGGGGAAGUGUCAAUACCAAAUGUAGUAAUUCACUGGUAAAUGUAUCUACGUACUGGCUCAAUGAGAAAACUUUAGAAAUCCAUAAGAAAUUACUCAUUGUAUCAGUCUCAGUUCCAAUGACAUUUAGGACCCAGGGAAGUGAGGUAUAAGGGGAGGGGUUAGUGAGCCCACCAUAAUCCCUGAGAUGUACAGUCAUGUCUGUCUGCAGGACCUUUGCAAGGAGUUUGUACUGUGAAAGACUAUAUUUGAUUGACAGGUACAUUCCUGGAUCUCAGGUUCUACCUGUGACCACACCUUUUCCGUGACGUAUCUAUGAUGUCUUGAUGAUGCUUCUGGAAAUGUAUUAUGGGAAACUUUUAAAACUGACGUAACAAUGUUUGGGGCUUCCGGCUGCUUCGUGCUUGUGGUGGUGGGAGGUCUUGCAACAAUAAAGAUCAGGCCUAAAGGCCACCGUUUUGCUUCUAUCUCCUGGCUGAAGUCUCUUGCUUGUGACCCCCGACCUGAACCUAUGGGAGUCAAGGUUAGGCAAUUGUGGGUGCUCCAAGGGCUCCCUAUUACACAUGCAACCUCUCUUAGCUCAGUUAGAUAGCGUGUGUUGCUGAUAAUGCCAAGGCCAUGGGUUUGAUCCCCAUUCGAGCCACCUGCAUAUUCCUGCACUGCAGGGGGUUGGACUAGAUGACCCUCAGAAUUCCUUCCAUCUCUACAAUUCUAUGAUUCUAACCCAAAUAGCCAGUGUCAUUUUCAGCAACAUAAAUGCAUGACUGGAUUUUAAAAGCUGUCUACUGAUAUGCUUAAAUGCCUAAAUGUUAAAAGAACAUUGAACUAUCAAGUGAAUUUUUGGUGUGUGUGUAUUUUAGUAGUUGGGGGUGGGGGGUGUUGGAAAUACAGGGCACAGUUUGAGAGAUAUGCAGAUGUUUGUGAAACAUAGUUUGGUUCAGCACUAGAAUGAACCUGUCACUCUUCUCCCUGUCUGUCCACCCCCCCAAAAAAAAUAUCUCUGCAUCCCUUGCAGACCUGGAGGCUGAGGAGGACCCAUCACCUUGUGCCUUCUCUGGGCACGGACGGGAAUGCUUGACGAACAAUAGUGAGUGCCGUGGGAAGUGGGAAGGACCCAAUGGUGGCAUCACCAAUUUCGACAACUUCUUUUUUGCCAUGCUGACUGUCUUCCAGUGCAUCACCAUGGAAGGUUGGACCGAUGUGCUCUACUGGGUGAGGCAGCUUCCUCCACUAGUGGGGGGGGGGGGGAGCAGCACUGCCAAUGGCUCAUACAGAGCAAACCAUACAAUUUUCUGCUUAUGGUCCCUCUCUCUACUCCAGAUGCAGGAUGCAAUGGGUCACGAGCUGCCCUGGCUCUACUUUGUCAGCCUUGUCAUCUUUGGCUCCUUCUUCGUGCUCAAUCUGGUUUUGGGUGUGCUGAGUGGGUAAGUCGGAUUUGGAGUGAGUAUAGCAUGUGAAUCAGCCAGUGUAUUUCUGGGAUGCCUUUGAGGGCUGCUUCUUGUGCCUACAUACAUGUGGUAACUGGAUAGCUGGAUAAAUAGAUAGCAUGUAACCAUUCACACAAAAUGCUUCCACCAGCAUUCAAAUGGGGAGGUGACUUCUGUGAGAGAUCCAGAAUCUGCCCAGGGUAGCAGGGGUUGCAUUUGUACUUUGUAAUAUCUGUUGAAUUGAUUUUGCUCAUUUGCAGUAUCAAAUGGUUAUAUUUUAGUGGGGAAGAUUCUGCACUGACACCCACUUUCCACCUCGCAAGUCUAGUAGUAGUGAUUCUAUAUUUGGUUUUUCAUGGUAGCAUGUAGUUUCACUUGCUUGUAUAAAUCGUGGAAUUGUUAUGAUUCAUUCAUUGGGUGCUUAAAGUAAUGUUAGCCCCACACGGGGUGUGAGGGGACAAACCCGUUCCCAUGGGUUCACGGUCAGAUAGGAAGAAUGAGGCAUAAGCAAAAAGAGGGUAGGAAGGACAUAAAAUAAAACCAGAAAAUGUAAUUAUGAUAUUGUGUGAUGUCUAAAUUGACAAACUAUUGUUGGGCAAACCAAAACCAGAAAACUUGGUUUGAAGUACUAUAUUUGUUAACUAUGGUUUAGUCUGAUAUCUGAAUUAAGAAAGCAUAGUUUACAAUGGUUGCUUACCUUCUCAAAGACACACCUAGUAGAAUGAAGUUAUAAACCUGAGUACUGAUAAAACGGGAAAUGGUAGCAGACCACCUCUCUAAACCAUGACAUCUCUUGUGUAGUUAACUGCUUAGCGUGAACCAUGAGUUGGUAUGAUGUCUUUUAGCCUAGCAUAUGCAAGUGAGUGUGUGCAAUGAUUGCUGACAGUUGAUGUGGUCCCGGUUCCCCCCCAGUGAAGGGAGCAGAAGAAGCUAGUGGGUUAUGGAUUUAGGGCCAGAAUGACUGAUGCCAGAUGCCAGGCAAAGGGAAGAGCCAUUCUGCUGAGUUGCCGACUUGUCAGGCCACUUUGAUAUAGUGUAUAAUAGCAGUGGUGACUGAUUUUUUUUAGCAGGUGUGCACAGGGCCAGCCCAGCCAUGAGGCAAGGUGAGGCGACAACCUCAGGCAGCAGGAUCCACAGGGGCAGCAGACGCGCCCUCCAAGGAAAGCAUCGCCCACUGUUGCCACUGCUGCAGUGGCAGCAACAGCUGCGGCACACUUCUUGGAGAGCAAGAUCUCCUUGGCAAGCCCCCCCCCCCCGCUGCCUCUACUGCAGCCUCUUUGCAAACAGGAGGUGCUGCUGGUCUCUUCCAACUCUUGUUCCUGAUAUAGAUCUUUAUUUCCCCAUUGUUCCAGAUGUAGAUCUUAACUCACCCCUUCUUUCCUGGCCAGAGUGGAGGCACUAUUUUGUGGUUCACUGCAGGUUCCAAAAUGUCUUGGGGCAGCCUUGAGUGUGACACAAGCCAUGCCCAAAGCAUUAGACGUUAUAAUAGAGACCCCGAGUGGUAUGGUGGUUAGAGUGUUGGGCUAAGACCUGGAAGAGCAGCGGUCUAGUCCCCACUCGGCCAUGAAGCUCACUUGGUGACCUUGGGCCACUCACUGUCUCUCAGCCUAAUCUACCUCACAGGCUUGGGAUCCAUGAGUGGGAAAGUGCUGUGGUGCUCAUGUCCUGCUGUGGAAUCUCCAUAAGCAUCUGGCUGGCCUCUGUGAGAACAAAAUGCUGCCCUAGAUGGGCCUUUGGUCUGAUCUAGCAGGGCUGCUCUUUUGUCACCCUGUGCCUUGUUAUGGUUUUGCCUCUAAUCUAUGGAUCUGUAGAGCAGAGCAGUGCAGAACUAGCGUGUCAGGCAAGAAUUCAGGCCUGACUCUCGUAUGCCAUAGCCAGGAGUGCUGCAGAUUUCAGGAGUGGUUCAGAAGUGCCAUGAACUGUCAUAACCCCAUGUCACAGGUUGACCAUCUGUGGUGUAUUUUCUGUUCGCUGUCUGCCUGUGACAUCUGUGGCCUAGCUGAGGUGGCCAGAUCUGUGGGUAGCUGGCACGUGGAUGAUCCUGACAUUGGAGUGUAUGUAUUAUAUGUUUGUGGAGGUAGGUGGGAGCUUGUACUUAAUUUCCCAUUCCCUGCUCUGACUUUCUGAUGUUUUGAUUCAGCCCUGUGUGUCCCUUAAGCACCGAGAGAGCUUUCCGGCUGUGCCAAACACAUGACAACCAGCUGGAUCAAAGGCUGUGCUACUGGCAGGCGGGCUUUGCACCAGUAGGUGUCUUUCAGCAGAUGGCUAAGCUGGCCUGUGCAGCUAAUUUGACCCAUUUCUCCCCACAGAGAAUUUUCCAAGGAGCGAGAGAAGGCAAAGGCCCGGGGUGACUUCCAAAAGUUACGGGAGAAGCAGCAGAUGGAGGAAGACCUGAAGGGCUAUUUGGAUUGGAUCACGCAGGCCGAAGACAUCGAGCCUGACGAGGAAGGGGACGAGGCAGACGAGAAGCACACUCGUAAGGGCUCCGCCUGCCACCCGCUGCCAGCUUCCUAGCCCUGCUUUGCCAGAGACCAGUGCCCUGCUGAAGGAGGGGACAGUUUAGUCAGUGGCCUGGAUGCUACCAUCUGGGCCUUGUGGCAGCUCUGGGUGAGGGGAUUAGAGAGGAAUCAAUCCAAGCAGCAGCGAUGCAAGAUUAGUGAGAACCUGAGCAAACUGGCAGCUGGGGAAGGGAUCCUUCUUGUGGAGAGGAGGGAGGGGAGUCGGAUGCCGUGUACCUACUGGGGAAGCAGGUGGAUCUGGCGGUCGGGGACACGACUGGAUGGCAGGAACAGAACAGAAGGGCAGGCCAGGCCAAUCCCUCUGUCUCUUUAUUUUUCUCCCUCUGCCUUUUGCUGAGGGAAGGGAUACAGGGGUUGUGCUCUUUCCUUCAGCAAUGCCCAGAAUUGGCCAAUUAGUAGCAUGCUUUUACUUGUGCGUACCCUUCCCCAUGGCUAUAAUUUGCAGCAAGGGAAAAUGGAAGAGAGUUCCAAGGGUAAAACCCCUGGCACUGAGUUAAUUAGUUCAUUGGGACCUCAUUAGUUACUUUGGGGUCGCUGAGCAAGUGGUAAGAGCAACUAAGGUCUGCAUUGUGAGUAGACAGAUAUUUAUGAGUCUCCUAUUCAUCUCAUCUGUAUUCCCUCCCCAGUCAGCUGAGGACAAAUUUGGAGAAUCUUGGUCCUUUCACCCUUCUGCCUCUCUGACUCCCCUCUCAGAAAUGGAGGCAACUGGAGGAGUCCCAGUGUGCUCCAACUAGGGGCUUAUCUACACUUACCUUUAGCCCUGCUCUUUCCAGGCACAGGUUUCCUUGUGCAAACUUUAAAGCUGAAGCAUAACAAAAAGCAAUGCGGGUUUUCAGCAGAUUGCCGUUUACUCCAAUUCAGCAGUAAAGAGUGGGUUUUCACAGGGAAAGCUUUGGAGCAAGGGAGAGAGAGAGCUCAGACACAGAGCUUUAAAGCGUGAACCUGUUGUAAUUAAGGCAAAGAAUAUAUCAGGGCUUUUUUUAAGCCAGAACUCACAGGAACUUAGUUCCGGCACCUCUCAGGUGGGUGCCAUAGCCAUUAUAAGAAAACAAGGACGGCUAGUGAGUACUAGCACCAUUUUUUCUAGAAAAAUAGCACAGGUACGUGUAAUGAAAAUAAUCACAAGUGUUUCCCCUGCUUCCCACUGCCUCCAUCCCCCCUCCUUUGUUGUUUCCUUAUGUCUAUUUUAGACAGAGCUAUAUAAAUAGAUAAAUGAGGGGAAAGUGCUCUAGCGAAAAUCUACUUUUUUAGAAUUAAAAAUGACAUGUUGCUUUUCAAUCAGCACCAUUUUAGUGCCCGUUUUUCUCUGCUGAUCUGUUAGUUAGCACUAAAACACUUUUUAGUAAACUUCUAAAAUUUGUUCAACACUACUUUAAAAUAAUGUUUUUAAUCAGUUUUAACAUUUGCACUGAAAUAUGAUGAAAAAUAUGGUAUCGGAUUGUACCUUCAUAAAGGUUCAUGGCUGUGUCACACCCACUUGUUUGGAUGGAGCUUAGUGGGGUGUACACAGUGGGGUCGCAAUGGGGGCGUGGUGCGACCCAGGUGCCCUGUCUGGGGGGGGGUGACAAGAAGGCACCCUGCGGGGGCUUGCGCUGCCAUCACAAGCGGGGGCAGUGCAAGCAGCCAUCACACAGCCACAUGUGGAGGAUCCUCCGUUUGUGGCUGCAGCCGCGAGCAGAGGAUCCUGGCACCAUCCGUACAGCGCUGGAGUGGCGCCGCUGGCAAACUGCUAUGUACAGCGCAUGUGCAGCGUCGCUACAUACAGUGCAUGCAUCGUACGUAGCAAUGCCACACAUGCACCUGCUUAGCCCCGCCCCGGGUGUCCCUAUGCCUUCACUCGCCCCUGGAUCCCCAGAAAGCACAUUAUCAGCUGACGUGUGGAAAGCGCAAGUCUGCCCCUGUAGCUUUCAGUACUAGGAAGUGCAAAUCGGGGGUGGAGGAGCCCUUGCUUCUUUGUUUAAUCUUGGCAACUUUGACAUAAGAAAAAGCAAUUUGAAGAGAGCAAGAGAAACUUGUCCACUUUUCUCCAUUGUCUUUGUUAUGUAAUUCACAUUAGUUUGUUAUUCUUCAUUCAUUUACCCCUUUCCCUAAAUUAUUUCCUUUCCUAUUCAUCCCUCCAUCCUGUCAUUCAUCCCUGCCUUGCUUAUGGAAGGCGUGACUGUGGCAGACCUGACGGAGAAGAAGAAGAAGAAAUGGUUCGGAUACAGCAGUCACUCCUCCGACACCCACAGUAAUUUCCUCAUUUUCUUCCAUAAGUAGCCAUGUUUCAUUCUCUUUAAGAGCUAAGCAGAAAAAUAUAUAUUCAAAACGUAUCAUGUAUUUCUGUCCAAUCCCCCACCUAUGCUUCAUCCACAGCCUACUUUGAUUUCAUUCAUAUUUUCUUUUUAUGUUACAUCCAUCUUCAUGCUUAAGCUGGAGACAGGUUUUUGUCUUCCAAAGUUGAAUGCAGUUUGAAAAUGCUUAAUAUGGUUACACAUUUCCUGAUUUUUGCCUCUUGGGAAGCAGGUUUUUGAAUUGUUUCGAACACCUGCAAAACUUGUUUAAUAAGAGGUGGCAGUAUGUGUACACCAUUGGAAGAGAAGGCUUUUUCAAACAACUUCUUACUUUUUAAAAAACCUUUUUUUGUAUUCAGCCUUAGAAGUACAUUUGGGAACAACAACAACAAAAACAAAUUUCUUGUGUUGGGCUGAGCUCAUGUUGUGGGAUGUUUUGGAGUGCAGUGAAUUUUCUGUCUCAGAGACGGACUCCCUCCUCCCUCUGGUCUGCAUUAUGCUGCUCCCAGUGGACAGCUGUUGGCAGAUGCCAUUCCCGCCCCCCACAUGAUGACAUCCAUCACUCACAAGGGCAUUAUGGGGAAAGCAAAAUGGUGGCCCCAGCCAAUGGCAACUGGGAAUUUCAGCACCACUGUCACUGCAACAGAGGUGGUAGCCAUGGAAACAAAAGGCAGUUUCCUUUAUUUCAUUAAUUCAGCCAAAAUUUUAACUUUUCAAACUUUCAACCUACUCUUAUGAUGAAUGUGACCAAUGUCACAUUCAUGACGCCGAAGGGAAGUCAGAGUUGUGGUUUUAAUGCCAGGCAGUGGGCCUGGAUAAUUAUAAGAAAUGGUGCAGAGAGGACUUUGUGCUGUUUUUGAAAAUCCCACUUGCUUUUCUCUCUCUCCAGCCAGUCUCCCUGCCAGUGAAACCACCUCAGUGAAUACGGAGAAUGUUGGGGAGGAAGAGCAUCACCAGAACAAUUGCUGCGAUGUGUGUUUGUGAGUUUGUGAGUUUCCUUAGUCAAAGGGAGGGAGGGCAGAAUGGAUUAGUACAGUAAUGUUACAUUUUCAGUUUCUUUGGGUUGGGGUUGACUCACAGGGGAGUUUACAAAAAAACACACCACCCACAAAAUAACAUAACGUAUUAACAAACAAAAACAGUACCCCGCCCCCAAUUUAAAAUGCCAAGGCCUAGGAGAAGAGGAACGUUUUUGCCUGGCGCCUAAAGAUAUAUAAUGAUGACACCAGGCGAGCCUCCCUGGGGAGAGCAUUCCACAAAUGGGGAGCCACUGCAGAAAAGGUCUGCUCUCAUGUUGCCACCCUCUGGAUUUUCUGUGGAGGCACACAAAGAAUGGCCUCUGGUGAUGGUUGCAGGGUCUGGGUCACUUCAUAUGGGGAGAGAUGGUCCUUGAGGCAUUGUGGUCCUGAGCUCUUUAAGGCUUUGUGGGUUAAAAACAGCCAGUGCAGUCAGGCCACGAUUGGCAUUAUUCUCAAAUCGUCUUGCCCCAAUGAGCAACCUGGCUGUUGAAUUCUGCACCAGCAGAAGUUUCUGAACCAUCCUCAGAGGCAGCCCCACAUAUAAUGUAUUGCAGUAAUCUAACCCAGAGGUUACCAGAGUGUAGACAACAGAAGUUAGGCUAUCCCUAAAGCUGAAGCUUAUAGACGGCACUCCUGUUGCUGCUACCCUCUUCUUCCAGGUCUAGUCUGGGCUCAGUCAUCUGGGCAGGUGGUCUUGCAUGAAGUAAAGUGGGUGGGCUGACAAGCAAGAAGGCAGGUGGGCACUGCUGCUGAGAUGCUCUGACAGUUCUCCUCUCUGCCAAUGAUUGUGUGCUGCUCCACCACUCUGCCUCCUCCUCUGUUUCCAUGCUGAAUGAAGGAGGCUGAGUACCACAGUGACAUCACAUACUCCGUGUAAAAUAGAAGAGAUGGAGGAGUGGUAGAGCAGCAGUGGCAGCCAGGCAGCUGAGCGAAUUAGCUCAGUGUGCUGAAAACAAGACUAUGGGCAAAUGUAGAGAGGCUGCAACUUUACCAUCCAGAUAGCUUUGAUUCUAGAUUUAAAAUAAGCCUAGAAAGAGCUUCAUAGUUUGAACCUAACCUACAUUGCUAACCACUUCCUCCUGUUUACCACAGUGUGUUCUCUCCUUUCAGGCAAGAGUGCUUUGUAAUGGUGCCCAAAUCAGCACUGAAGGGCGAGUGUGUCUUGCCAAGAAUGUAACCAGUCUAAGGCAUUUUUAGGCCCUUAAGUUAAACAUGACACAGUUCCUUUACCGCUGUGACUUAAUAUGGCACAAUUUAUCAGUGCUCUUCAGCAGCUUAUAUUCAUUUUAGUAAGAUUUGCACAUGAGAAAGUCCAAGUGGAUUGGGUCCCAUAUGUUGCUUCUUGCUGGGAGGAAUUCAGAAUAAUGCUAAGCAGAUUACUCUGUCAGUGCAAGCAUUCCUGCUUGCCUGGUGGAAUAAUCUGCCCUUUCGUCCCCCUGUACACUGUUCUGGGGGUUAUCCUGAUCUCUGCUGAAGCCAAUUUGGCGGGGAGGAGGGAGGAAUGGGGGGAGGCGAGGGGAAGAAAAGCAGAAGCCCUUGCAGUGGCUUCCGUUGGCAGGUCUAGUUACCACCCGCUGUCCCACUCUGUCUCCCUUGAUAGCACUCAAAAUAUGCUUUCUCGGGCAACUGCCUCAUCUUGCCUCAUAGUAGGGGCACCCCUGGCAGCUGAACAUGAGAAAAUAAUUGCUAGGGUAGGGCAGAAUAGAGAUGGGCAGAGGGGGAGACACAUUGUUGGGCUGUCCCAACUCUUGAUUGUUGCUUUAACCUCUGUGCACCAUGGCUUAACCCAGUGGUUACUAGAGGUCAGAUUCCAGCCCAGAUCAUAAAACUGAGCAACUGCGGUAAAGCUGAGACAACUUUAGAAGGUGAUUCUUCUAGCGACGGUCCUAUAUUUACUAUCUGAUAGUAGAAACAGAAAGAGAUAGGCUAUUUUUUUAGUGUUCUUGCCUGCAAUCUUUUCUUGGCAUGAAGAUGCAGUGAUGGGAGACAUUUUCCAUCUGCUUCAUUUCUGCCUGUCAGGUUGCAGUUAAAGGUGUAGCAUAAAGGCUAGCAAAAUAAAUCAAUAAAUAAAAUGUCGGGGGUGCCACCUGGCAACCCUAAUUUGGGUUUGGGAUAUCUGUGAAAUGUGAAAUGCUGACAGUGUCUGUGAGCCUCCUCUAAGAACUGCUGCCCCUGUAUCCUUGAUCAAUUUGUAAUUUCUCAGUUUUCAACUGCAGCUGAGAGAGAGUUGUGUUUCAUUUUCUUGUUGAAUUUCUCCUGUCUUCCACAGAGGCAAGCUCUCCAAGACCAAAUUUGGGUGAGUAGGAUGAAAGCUGCCUUUCCCUCUGCCCAGUGCUCUCCUGCUCUCUGGCUCUCAUCAGUGAUAUCUGUCCCCCUCCCGUCCCCCCUCUGCUGCAGCCGCCGAGUGCGACGCAUCAACCGUCUCUUCCGGAAGAAAUGUCGCCUGGCUGUCAAAUCCGUCUCUUUCUACUGGAUGGUCCUGCUCCUUGUCUUUCUCAACACUCUCACAAUUGCCUCUGAGCAUUACAAUCAGCCCGAUUGGCUCACGCAAAUCCAAGGUAGGGUUGCAAGACACAGGGAAUGUAUAAUAGCGCCAGCAAGGGAGUAUUGUCCAGGAGUUAGCGCAGAGCAGGGAGAGCCUCUAAGGCCCAUCUGCACUAUGCAUUUAAAGCAGUAUCAUGCCACUUUAAACAGAGUUCGCUGGGAAGGGGGAUUGACUGUUAAACCACUCUGGAAAUUGUAGCUCUGUGAGGGAACAGGGGUCACCUAACAACUCCCCACCCUCUUAACAAACUACAGUUCCCAGGAUUCUUUGGAGCACCAUUGCUGUUUAAAGUGGAUAAUGUAUGGUAUGGAUGUGGCCUAAGAGGGUAGCUUAGUGAUUGUGGUCAGGACUGAGAAGCAGGAACAUGGUUUUGAAUUAAUUUUUAAUAUACAAUUGGCUGAGGUGGGGGGUGGGGUUGUUGCCUCCCUUCCCCAACUAUGGAUUUUGGGGGGAAACAAAAUUUGGUUGUUCCACUUCUCUUAAACAAAACCACACACUGGUUUAGAAAUUCUUGACUGCCAUCUACUGUUCUUGUUCUGUAGCAGGAGUGGCUGAACUAUGAUCCUCAAGGUGUUGCUGGACUUUUAACUUCCAUCAUCCGUGACCUGACACUGGGCAGCAUGUGCUGGCUGGGGGCGGGGGGGGGGGUAAAGGGAGCCCACUGAUGCCUCAAGGGGCACCGUUUCUCCAUCCCUAUUGUAAGGCAAUUUUAUCUGGCUCUUUCCUGCCCUAACAAACCUUUACCAAGACAUAGCAAAAACUUUGCCCACAGUUCUAUUUGCAAGUAAAAGAAAAACAUGUCCAAGCCAUAAGAAACACAGAUAUUCAGAUAUUUUACAUUCCUCUCUUUAGAUUUAUCUGUGUCGAGUAUGUAAUAUGUAACUGCAUAUGUUUGUAUGCAAUGCAUUGCCUGCCCUGAGCACAUGUUCUUCAUUACUGGAAAUCCUAACUGACACCAGCUUUGAUAUGGAGCAUGACCGCUUACACAUCUGUGUGGAUUUCCUACCUCUGGAUGGACUGAUAUCUGGGGAACAAAUGAUAUGGUCCCUGAGAAUAUUGAAAUUGCGCAUACUUGAGCUGAUAUGCAUGAAUUGUUUGGAAGUGCAUGAUAUAAAUCCUACAGCUGCUUGGUCAGUCUAGUUUGCGGGUUACCAGUUGACCAUCCCUGUUUUGAACUUGUAGGCUUGCUGAAAAAUACUUGGGCAGCUGAUCUCAUCCCCAUCCAUUCCAAAGUGCCUUGUAUAUGUGAGUUACUCUGUAGAGAAGGAUCAACAGGGAAGUGCAGAAGAUGGUCAAAUGGAGAGCUGAGGAGUCUCCAUUUACUCCUCUCUGCUCUGCCAUUUUCGUCCAGCUCAAAAUAUUUUGAGUCUUCAACAUAUUAUUCCCACUUUGCAGAUGGAAACUGUGAAAAAGCAUCUGUCCUCUAGUCUGUCUGACACCCAGUGUACUGUGUGGUACUUAAUUAACAUUGAGGACUAGGAGCAUAAGGCUGUCCCAUAUACCUCUUGUUGACCCUCUACUCUUUCUUGCCACAGCUUAUGCUAACAAAGUACUGUUAUCACUGUUCACCAUGGAGAUGCUGUUGAAGAUGUACAGCCUGGGACUACAGGCCUAUUUUGUCAGCUUCUUCAACCGCUUUGAUUGUUUUGUGGUAUGUGGUGGAAUCCUGGAGACUGUCUUGGUAGAGUUUGAGAUCAUGCAACCUCUUGGAAUCUCUGUGCUUCGCUGUGUCCGCCUCUUACGGAUCUUCAAAGUCACCAGGUCAGGUGGUGGUCAUAGUCAUGGGUGAUUGGGUGGCAUUGCUUAGGGCUGGGGCAUGCACUCAGGGUUAGCUUAAUUCAAGGUGGUUGCCUGCUAGAAAAUUCAGGUUGAUUUGCUUAUGGCUUGAAGAUAUAUUACUAUAGAACCCUAGGCAGGUGAUCAGUAUGUACUUAUUGCACUUAUAUUAGCCUCUUCCCUCAGAAACUAAGAACAAUUUACAUCUGCUUCCUCUACAUCAGGGGCGGGGAGCCUGUUGCCCUGCAGAUGUUGUUGGAGUACAGCUCCUAUUGUCCCUUGACUAUUGGCCAUACUAGCAGGGCCUGGUGAGAGUUGGAGGCCAGCGAGGCCAGUUUCCCCAUCCCUAUUCUAGUAGUGCUGGUUCUUACCUGUGAGCUGAAGUGCCCCAAGUCCCUCGACCCAUUUAUCCAUCCCUGGUUUGCUUUCCAGGCACUGGGCCUCGCUGAGCAACCUCGUGGCCUCCUUGCUGAACUCCAUGAAGUCCAUUGCGUCCUUGCUGCUCUUGCUUUUCCUCUUCAUUAUCAUCUUCUCAUUGCUGGGCAUGCAGCUUUUUGGGGGCAAGUUCAACUUUGAUGAGACCCAGACCAAGCGCAGUACUUUUGACACGUUCCCCCAGGCCUUGCUCACAGUCUUCCAGGUAAAAACACACAUGGGGUACAAGUGGGGUGGCUGGGACCAGCCUUCGACAGGUUUGGGUGCUUACUGGGGACUGGGCUAUGUAAGGGACAAAUGGUUGAAGCCCCUUAUUUCCCACCUGGAUCCCAAUCCUGUCAACUUCCCCAUCCCACUAUUAUUAUUAUUAUUAUAAAAAAACGUUCAAGAGGGAGGGAAUGGCAACAGCUGUCAAUGCAGCUUCCCAUGACUCAUGGGUGAUCUUAGGAGCCACUCAGUUGUGUCCUUGAAACAGACUUAAAGAACAGUACAAGGAAGCAGUGUGAUCCCUUCAAUAACUGAAGGGUUGUUGACCCUGGUGCACAGAAGAAAAAAGAGCUUAAAGUUCCAUAGAAUCACAUGUUACAGUUUUAAUGGGUAUCCAUUACAGAACGAGAGGCAAAACUAGUACAGUGGUGCCCCGCAAGACGAAUGCCUUGCAAGACGGAAAACCCGCUAGACGAAAGGGUUUUCCGUUUUUGAGUUGCUUCGCAGGACGAAUUUCCCUAUGGGCUUGCUUCGCAAGACGGAAAUGUCUUGCGAGUCUUGAGAUUUUUUUUCGCUCCCCCCCCCUUUUCUAAGCCGCUAAGCCGCUAAGCCUUUAAUAGCCGCUAAACCGCUAAUAGCGCUAAUCCGCUAAGCCGCUAAUAGGGUUGCUUCGCAAGACGAAAAAACCGCUAGACGAAGACACUCGCGGAACGGAUUAAUUUCGUCUUGCGAGGCACCACUGUAUGCUCAUAUCGGCUCUGUGGCCAAUUGCAUAUAAGGAAGGAGCAGGUGUGCAGGCUGCCCUGUGCCAACCUGAGCUUUUAACCCUAUUAACCUCUGCACCUCAGUUCUCUUUUUUCUUGGUUGGGACUCCAAAAUGGGAAAUAUAUCCCACCAGAAGUAAAACAGUUGGGGUGUAGUGGUUUCACAGCAAAAAUAAAGAGAUCCUUUCAAUCUCCAUUAAGCUUUCAAUUCUUGCCCUCAGAUCUGUAUGCCAUAAUCACUUCUAAUUUAGCUGACCCUAAAAUUCUAAAAAUACAGGCCUUGGUUUACCCCACCUCAUCACCACAAUUAUAAUAAUAUUAAUUAUACAUACUGUGGGAGAAGCAAUACAAAACUGUGACUGGUCCUAGUUUUCUGGGGGUUUCAAGGGUUGAUAGGGAAAGAAAGACAUGUAUGGUGUCAUGAAUUUAGACUUUGUGUUCUCAGUUUAUAAUCACAGUCUUUUGGAAGCCCUAGGCUGCCAAUUUACCACCUGUAGCUGAUAAAAGCACUUUAACAAAGUGCAUACCUAAAACUGUGUCAGGUUCAAUUUUGGUUUUGUAUACAGUAACCAGGUACAAGAGAAUAUUUGCUUUCAUCUUCUAUUUUUAUUACUAAACAAAUACUUCUAAUAACACAUGGAUAUCAAAAUAUAAAGCAUACCCACUAGGAUAAGCAACAAUAGUUCUGAAACAUUUCUUACCGUAUUACAGAGACUAGGUAUUGAGAUUUCAGUAGUUGAAAAUAGGAUACCAUAUUCUAAGAUCCAAGUUUUUAUCGGCUCCUUUAGAGUAAGGUGCCGCUAGCCAUUUAGGGGCUAUAAGCAAGAGAGAUUCAGAUGGUAGGAAGCUGAUAUAUUCAAAGAUCGGCUCAUGUUUAUACUGUUUCUGAAUAUUUUAUUUUGUUAUAUUUUAAGCUCACAAUCUGAACUAUCUCAUAGUCCCUAAAUAUUUCCAAGAAUAUAACAUAAAUGAUUACUGGUUUGUUCACAGUCAUCCUAAUUUGCUUGCUCAAAAUUUACUUGGUGGUUAGACAAAGGGUUCUUCCACACUUCUGUUUAUCCCAUGCCUAGAAAGCAUGAGUCCAACCGAGUAGUUUUCUCCUUGCCCUUCUUCCUUUCCUAGGGAAAACUCACUCUUUAACUUGGAGCAAAUGUCAGUCUGGGGGAAACUUAAAUUGCUGUUUGCUCCAACUGAGCACUAAGAGUCGGUUUUCCCCAGGGGAAAGCAGCAAGAUGAGAAAGUAUGAGCAAGUCUUGGGUCUGGUCUUUAUUAAGCACAUAUUCUGAUUUGUUUACGGGAUGAUUAUAUGACAGUGAGUAUUUAUCUUGCAUUCAUCUGGAGUGUCACAAGUUCCCCAUCCCCGGAAUACCACAAGGAACACUGCUGUAGAGUUGAGUGCUGUGCUAAUUACAUUAUUUAUUACCUCUAAUUGAUUUUAUUAUUGAUUUGUUUUAAAUUGCAUUGUAAUAAAUGUAUUGGGAUAAAUGUAUUGGCCGGCAGCAUAUAAGUACUUUAAAUAAGCAGUUAAAAAACAACAACAUUUAAUUGUGGAACUAUCUUAAUUAUAUUUGCUGUUCCCUUUGCUCAUGCCACAGAUCCUGACAGGGGAGGACUGGAAUGCAGUGAUGUAUGAUGGGAUCAUGGCCUAUGGCGGCCCCUAUUUCCCAGGUAUGCUGGUCUGUGUCUAUUUCAUCAUCCUCUUCAUUUGCGGCAACUGUAUCCUUUGAUUGGCGGUGAAGAUUAAUGGACCUUAAGUCCAAGAGGAUUGAUGCUAGGCUGCUAGAUUGCUGAUGAAAAAUUGCUGAGUCGGGCCCCCAAAUUUAAUUCAGGUCCUCACCUUUCCAGACCCUGAAGUUAGAAAUCAAGCUGACCUUCCCAUGGUUACAUUAGGAUGGAAUAGUGGUUGCUACUGCAGUGCUUAAAUAGGGAUCGGAUACAGGGCAGGUAGCAGGAGUAAGGGCAUUUGCAUCUGUGAAUGCUGGGAUACAUGGUUUGAUUGGGCAGCAUAUAUUCUUUUUAAAUGCUUAUGAAACUGCAGAUGAGGAGCAUCAUCUAGAAAGAGACAUUCUCACUUCCCUCACACACAGGAUGAAAUGCCUCUCCUAAGAGGAUGCUGACUAGGAUACACUAGUGCAUAAUCUAACAGCAAAUAAUAGUAUACAACUUCUUUCAGAACUAUUGCUUUUACAGUUUAUAUAGAUUUGAUUGCUAGAAUGAACAAAUAAAACUUGUAUGAUGAAUCUGUUCACAUGUCUUUAACGGGGGCGCAGCCCUCAUCCUGAGGGUGUGUUGGCUCGGGGUGGUUAUUACCCCAUUGCAUCAGGUUACAUUUUUCUGAACUUUCAACCCCAGAUAUUCUGCUCAAUGUCUUCUUGGCCAUUGCUGUGGACAAUCUGGCAGAUGGCGACAACAUCAAUACCUCCAAGGAGGGGGAACACAAGGAAAAGUGAGAACUGUAAUCUGGGGGGGUGGGGGCAGGUUGGAGAAGAAAGUGAACUGACCAAAUGUUGCUCAGUUUCUAGCUUUGUUUUUAUUUGUAUUGUUUUUAAAUUGCUCAUUGUAAGGCUUCCUUCUGAUGAUUUUGUUCUGAAAGAAAGGGCACAUUUAAAUAAGCCCGCCUCCCCCUUGGGUCCUCCUCCCCCUGAGGCAGAGUCUAGAUUUUCCUUUCUACCCUUUUCUAUAACUCUCCUCUUCCCCCUCUUCCCUGCCACAAUUCAGAGAGGCACCAGCAGAGGGGGAGCAGAGCAAUGAGAAAGAAGAAGAGAAAAAUGUGAAGGUGAGAACUGAAACCCUGACCUUCAUUUCUGACCUUGUUGCUUCUAGAGAUGCAAGUAGCCCUCCCACAGAUCAGUAGGCAGCAAUUCCACAUGAGUAAUAGAUAUAUAACUUUCUGUUUAUUAUCACUGUCUAGGGCAGCUUUUGCCAAUCCAAUGUCCUCCUGAGGUUUUGGUCUACAACUUCCACCAGCCUUAGCCAGCUGAUUUCUAUGUGUCUUUAUGGCCUAGUUCACUAACAGAACGAUCCGAAUUCUGCCCAGGGAGCAGCAGGAGGGCAGAUCAACCGCUGCACUUGAAACCUGCUGGCUGCUGCUGGCCAGUGGCAUGGCCAAAUCUAAAAGAGAAAACACCCAGCACCUCCUCCCCUGUCCAGUACAAGCUAGAAUGGACUCUGCAUGGUGCUGGCCAGGGCAGAAGGGGUUUUGUUUCAGAUUUUGCUGUGCCACAGGUAUAGCCACUGGUAGCCUGCUAAGACCCAUUUGGAGCAUUUCCACAAUCUGCCACUGGCGGAAGCUUCCUACCCUACUGAGUACCAAAAGUCGCCACCUGCAGAAAGUCAUUGGCACUUCAACCUAACCCUGUCUAACAGCAUGGACCAGAUGUAAGGAUUGCACUGUAAAGAAACACAGCCUGUUUCUGGGCUGUGCCACUUCAGACUUCAGGCAAAGACUUGCAAGACCGAACACCCCUUCGUGCAACCCCCCACUCUCCAUCCCCCACCACACACACAGCUAUUAUGACCCCCUAUCCUCCACCCAGAGGGACGCGGGUGGCGCUGUGGGUUAAACCACAGAGCCUAGGAUUUGCUGAUCAGAAGGUCGGCAGUUCGAAUCCCUGCAAUGGGGUGAGCUACCGUUGCUCGGUCCCUGCUCCUGCCAACCUAGCAGUUCGAAAGCAUGCCAAAGUGCAAGUAGAUAAAUAGGUACCGCUCUGGCGGGAAGGUAAACGGUGUUUCUGUGCGCUGCUCUGGUUCACCAGAAGCGGCUUAGUCAUGCUGGCCACAUGACCCGGAAACUGUAUGCCAGCUCCCUCGGCCCAUAAAGCGAGAUGAGCGCCGCAACCCCAGAGUCGGCCACAACUGGACCUAAUGGUCAGGGGUCCCUUUACCUUUACCUCUAUCCUCCACCCAAAUACAGGCUUCAUCCAGGUACAUAAAGCUCCAUCCCCCCACCCCCACCCCUGGGGUUCAUGACAGCUUCAGUGGAGUGUGGUCAGAUCAAAAAAUGGCACAGGGGAAUGAUAAACACCCAACACUUCACCUCUUAUGAUUACUGGAGCCAUUGCUGUGGCUGCUUUUAAGGGGGUGGAGGACAAAGAAAGGCCUGGAGAUUUAAUUAUGGCCUUUGCAUCAUGUCUGCUUCAGCCUCUGAGAGAGUGCCCUCUUCUGCCUAUUUCUAGUAAGCACAGGCCUCAACCAGGUGUGCAUGUGUGAACUGGCUUGCUAGCUUUUAGUCACAUGGUGGAGCGCUGUAGUGGCUCAACAGGUUGCAUGGAGGUAACUUGCCCUGCUCCUCCUUAAAGGGCUGAAGUAAAUGAGGCAGUGCAGCCAUGUUUGCAGCUCACACGUCUGUUCUGUUUGAAUCAAAAGCAGGAACUGAGAGGUCUAAUUUUUACAACAAAAGGACCAUGAAGGUGAGUUAGGCUCAGCACACUGUUCUCUCAGCACUGUUCUGAUGGUAAAAGUGUGAUGGGCUGAGGAGAAAAGCUCUGGUAGGAAUGGAGUGGGAGUGUCUCAUCCACACAUCUAUUUUAAUAUAAGAAUUGGUGUUGCUUAGACUGCCCUCCCCCCAGCCUGCUUUAGACAUGGAUGGAGUAGACAUAUGAAGAAGAAGUGUGUUUUUCCUGUCAUAUCAUUUGUGGCUGACUCCUCAUCUUCAUUGCUUGGUGAUAAAACAGACUCUGCAGGUUGUAGAAGACCAGGGCCUCUUUCUUUCUUCGCAGGCAUAUCAUUGGUACAAUAAUAGUGCAGUAGUGGUGGAUUUAUACUGAACCACAUCCUUCUGCUUUAUUUGUUAUUCUGGCAUGUUUUCCCAGUGUUACUGUAUUAUUGCUGUUUAGAGAGGCACUCUUGCCCCAUAGCGCAAUAAAAGUGGGACAAAAUAAAUCCUAGAGCAUUUAUGGUACGAAAAAUUACAGGAUUUCAGCAGGAAGCUACUGAAGCUGGCUAGAAAUGAAGCAGUGCGUCUGCCCCAAAGCUUCUGCAGGCACAGACAGGAUUAAAAGUAGGAUUGAGUACAACUGCUCGGAAACCAUCAUGAACACAGAUUGUCACGGAUCCACAAUAGAAAGGAGAUCUGGAAGUGCCCCUGGCAGGAAAAAAUGCAUCCUGAAUUGAGCUGCAUGCUGCAUGCGCGCACAUGUACAAGGCAGAGGUGCUUGUCAUGCCCUUCUCUGCACAGGCCCUCGUGCAAGCACAACAGUCACUUGUGCAAUGGGUGACAGCCUGGAAACUUUUGAGAAGGAUCUCUCUCUUUCAUUCAGAUCUCACCCCCACCCCCAUUACACACACAAACGCACACACGUCUAAGGCAGCCUCGCACUUGAACCCUCCUGAGGAAGUGCCCACCCCCCACCUCUAGGGUGGUGGCAGUCUGCCCAAGUCCAGGGUGGUGAAGUUUCCUGCCUUAGUCCUGAAGGUCAGAAAGGCUGAACUGGACACUCCUCUCUCCUCACUCUAUCUGUAGCCAUAGCCAGCAAAUACUGUAGAAACUGCUGUAUUAAGUCCAGUCUCUCCUGCUCUGCCCUCCAUCCCACUCAAACGUGCAUUGGUGAUGCCCAGUCUGCUUUCUCCUCAGGUGGAAUGUGGAGAGGAAGAGGAGGAGGAAGUAGAGGAAGGCAGUGAAGAAGCAGGUGAGGAAAGAAACGUGUAUGGUACUAUGACAAUCAUGAGGAUUGUUACCUUACUGAGACAAAAAGGCUAUUUAUGUUUUCACACAUGAGACCAAAGCAGCUCUUGACUGCAGCCUGGUUUGUAAUUGAAUGUAAAACUUACAAUUGACCAGGCUGCUUAUUCUGCCUCUCCUCCUCCCAGCUUUUCUCUUCCACGUAAACAACUAUCAGGCAUCAACAUAAAUUGCCUUUGAGCUCCUCUGGGAUAUUUAAGCCUUAAGUAUAAAAGGCAGCUACUGUAUUGCAGGGAACCAGGAAGGGGAUCAAUGGCAACAUGAGUUCAGACUCUAAGCUUGGAGAACUGGGCCUAAAGUAACACAAUGGAUUUCAAUAGGGACAAAGGCAAGGUCCUUCACUGAGGCAGGAAGAACCAGCUGCAAAAAUAUAAGAGAAGGAACACUGGGCAUGCCAGUAGGACAUGUGAAAAAGAUCUAGGGGUCUUAGAGGACCACAAGCUGAAAAUGAGUCAAGAGUGUGAUGCAACAGCAAAAAAGCUAAUGCUAUUCUAGGUUGCAUCAACAGAAGUAUAAUGUUCAAGGGACUUAAUAGUACCGCUCUAUUCUGCCCUGGUCAGAGCACACCUAGAGCCCUGUGCCUAGUUCUGGGCGUCACAAUUUAAGAAGGAUAUUGACAAGCUGGAACGUGUGCAGAGGAGGACAACCAAGAUGAUUAAGGGUCUGGAAACCAAGCCUUAUGAGGAAUGGUUGAGGGAGUUGGAGAUAUUUAGCCUGGACAAGAGGAGACUGAGAUGAGAUAUGAUAGCCAUCUUCAAAUAUCAAAAAGGCUCUUGAAUGGAGGAUGGAGCAAGCUUGUUUUCACCUGCUCCAGAGGGAACCAAAGGCUUGAUGUUACAAGAAAGGAGAUUUUGGCUCAACAUCAGGAAGAACUUUCUGGUGUAAGAGCCUUUUGACAGUGGAACGGGAUCCCUUGGACGGUAGUGGAUUCUCCUUCCCUGGUGAUUUUAAAGCAGAAGUUGGAUGGCCAUCUGUCUGGGAUGCUUUAUUUGAGAUUCCUGCAUUGCAGGGGGUCGGACUAGAUAACCUUCAGAGUCCUUUCCAACUCUGAAAUUCUGUGGUUCUAUGCAGCCUCUUUCUCUCCUGCUGCAGCUCACUUUUUCCAUUAGCCUUUGCAUAGCCUCCCCUCAACCUUCCUCCCUUCCUGUAUCAACUGUUAAAUUGUAAGUUUCUUGGGGCAAUUGCCCCUCAUCUGUUGUUACUCUGUAAUGCACCAUGCACAUUUAUGGUACAGUCAAACCUUGGAUGUUAAACGUAAUCUGCCCCGGAAGACCGCUUGACUUCCAAAAGGUUUGACAACCGAAAACUGAAGGCAGAAGCCUCAAUACAAUAGGGAAAUUCAAAACAGAAGCCACAUAGCACGUUCGGCUUCCAAAAACUGGAGCAGUCACUUCCGGGUUUUCGGCAUUCAGGAGCCAAAACGUUCCAAAACAGAGGCAUUUGGGAACCAAGGUUUGACUGUACUAUAUAAUUAUCAGAUCAGUUCGUAAUAGUUAGACAUUAUUCUCUCUCUCUCUCUCUCUCUCUCUCUCUCAUUAACACACACACACACACACACACACACACUGCUGUAAUGAAUAUGGCUCCCGAGGAAUCCUUAAAACCAAAUGUGGAGAACCUUUGACCUUCUAGAUGUUGCUGAACUACAAUUCCCAUCGCCCCAGGCUAUUGGCCAUGCUUGUCGAGGCUCAUGGGAGUUGUAGUUCAGCUUCAGAUGAGGGCCAAAGGUUCCUCAGUCCUUGGUUAAUCCUACACCAUGUCUUGUUUUCAGGUGAGGAGGAAGAGGAAGAAGAGGCAGAAGGAGAUCAGCAGAGCUUGGCAGAGUCUCACCUAGACAAACUGGAGGAAACCCCCACAGAGAAGGUGUUACCAAUUCCUGAUGGAAGUUCCUUCUUCUGCCUUAGCAAGACAAAUCCGUGAGUACAGAAAGGCAUGAACCAAGGAGGAAGAAGGUGGCGCUGGCUUUCUCUUUCAGUGGAAUGUGACCUCAGUUUGUUCACAAUUCUGCAAGAGUUGUAGGGUAAGGUCCAGGAAUUUCCUCUUCUGGUGCCAGGGCUGUGCAGGUGUCAGACCUGCAAGCAGUCACUUGGAAAGGCGAAGGUGCAGCCUACUUUAGCUCAAGACCCAGAACAUCAAACAAGGGUCACAUACAGGUCCAUAGUUAUGGCAGGCCAGCAUGAAGGUACAGAACAGUGAACAGCCAUCAGAAGGACUUGAUGCAAUGUAGUCUGCAUGACUGUUCUAGCAGUAGCUUUUUCACACUGAAAAACCACGUUUGAAGCACCAGUUCUGUAAGGCCAGCCUGGCUCUGUUGUCCCCCACAGAUUGCCUGGCCUGACUGGCCUGAUAAGCUGCAGUACUCCUCUUUGGACAUUAUCUGGGUGGCACUGCAGCAUGCCAAAUCCUCAGUCUGCAAACAGCCCUGGUGGUGCAAGGUGGCAAGGUCCCUGUGGCCAGAGUCCCUGGUGUGCGUGCCCUAAUAACCUACAUGUAGAAGCAUAUCUAUGCUACUAAUUUAUAUAUCCAUUUAACUGUUGUGUCUUCCUCCCCAAAGAAUCCUCGAAACUAGGUUUGGCAAGGGAUUUCUAGUGCUGCCUGGGUUCCUGGGGCAGAGGGCAUGACUAACCAGUGUAAGACUAUGGUAAAAAAAUUGCCAGAGAUCCUGGUUUCAUUGUGGUCCCACUUUGGGGACCCAUUGGUUGAGAGCAGUAGGGGACAACUGGAGGCACUGUCUGGCUAUGCCUGGGCAGACCCAGAACUGCCAGGGUUCACGCUGGUGGUGGAGUUUUAGCCUUCUUCCCAGGUAUCUCAACCCAAGGUCAAGGCAGUAGGCAAAUCCCAAGGUCAAUCUUUGCUUGGCUUCAGAGAUUUUGCUGCUGGCUUUUCUCCCCAUGUCAGUCCAGCCCACUUCCAAGGCACCACCCAGGCUCUUCCCUCUAAUCUUGCCCACAUCUGCCAGGAUCGCCCUUUAUCUCCCCAUCUCCACCUCCUGAUUCGCAGGGGAGUUUGCAUGUGCCUCAGGAAACUUGGCUGCUCCUAAUGUGUGUUGCUGGCUCACUAUGGUGGCCGCCUUUCUUUCUCUCGCCAGGCUUCGUGUUGGGUGCCACAAAUUGAUCCAUCACCACAUUUUCACCAAUCUCAUCCUUGUCUUCAUCAUCCUCAGCAGCAUCUCCCUGGCAGCAGAGGACCCUAUCCGAGCACACUCCUUCCGCAACAAUGUAAGCCAUGCCAUAUGGAAAGGUGGUUGGGUAGAAUGGAAGAGAGAGGGCCAGAGGCAGAAGAGUGUCUCACCCUCUGCUCCGUCCUUUCUCUCUCUCUCACUCCUCUCUUAUUUCCUCAUUUUUCCAUUCUCUUUCUCCCCCACCCCUCUCCUGUUCCCCCCUCUCAUUACACAGAUUCUGGGAUACUUUGAUUAUGCCUUCACUUCUAUCUUCACUGUUGAGAUCCUACUCAAGGUACCAGAAGAUGAGGAAGGGGAGAGUAGCCAACCCUCAGUGGAUGCCCCAGUGGCCAAGUCUCUAGGGUUGCCCACACCUGCACGUGGGCCACGUCUGCAGGGUGGCACCGAACAACCAGACCUUAGCUGCUUCUGCUAGUGCCCUCAUAGCCCCAUGGCUGGCAAUCAGGGUUGGGGUUGGGGUGGAGAAGGGGGUCAGCAACUGCAGAAUGAGCUACAAGUCAUUGGGGAGUAGGGGGGGUGGGAGAGAAGAUGUGGCUCCCAGCAACAAGGAGGGAAAGGUCAGGGCUGCACUUCUCAGCUCCUGUCUAGAGGCCUUUGACUCUUACUACCCACCAUGAAUUUAGCUCCAACACAGCUGUGGACUGUGCAGAACAGUGGUGGGCAUAAGGAGACCAAGAUCUUUGGUAGACUGCAGACCGCCUCAUGCCUGCUGGUUGCUGCGGUUCUUGCAAAGAAGGCUGGUCUUGAUCAACAUUGUUAAGCAUGAGUCACGUAACUCAGGUUCACGUGACUCAGCCUUAGCUGUUAAAGAGAUCCUGAAGAUGCAGCUCCGUGGAAGAGCAUCUUCCCUUCACACAGAGCAUCCCAGGUUCAAUGCUCAGCAUCUCCAGGUAAGCCUGGGAAUGCCUCCUUCCUGAAACUGCUGCCAGUCAGUGCAGACACAGGGCUGAGCUCGAGGGACCCAAGGGUCCAGCUUCCGGGGCCAGCUUCUUCUCUGGCUGCCAGGGAAAGAGGCCCUGGGUCCUCCCAAUGUGUGUGUGGCACUUGGGGUGCUCAGCGCUCAUUGUAGGCUGCACAAUGUCGGCAGAGCCAGGGCCUCUUUUCCUGGCUGGCGCAGCAGAAGCAGAAGCAGAAGGAGAAGCUGGCACUCAGGAUGCUUGGUGCUUGUGCAUGUGUGUGACAUCACACCCAGGGGUGACAUCAGCCCCCUCCCCAAUCUGCCUCUUAAGUUAGCACAUCUGCUCUUGAAUAUAAAGGGACUGAGCCUGGGUGGGGGGAAGGCAGGGUCACUUGGUUGGCGCAGGGCACCUGGGGACCUAAUCUCCAAGCUUCUGGGUUCCAGCCACAGUUCUGAGAAAGAGGAGUUGGGUAGAGCCGGGGUGCUUAGCAUGUCUCUGUCCUUAGAUGACCGCUUACGGCGCCUUCCUGCACAAAGGCUCCUUCUGCCGGAACUGGUUCAAUCUCCUUGAUCUGCUGGUUGUCAGUGUCUCACUCAUCUCCUUUGGCAUCCAGUAAGUCUGAUUGGGGAAUGGUCAAGAUACUUUGGGAGUAGGCCCCCAAAAGAAGAAGAAGAAAAGGAUUGUGCUGGCCUGGUCCGGGAUGAAAGGGCAAUGUUGCGUAGUGAUGCACCACCAACUGGGAUGGCCGUCUUCCGCUUCCAGCCUCUGAAAUACCACUUGCUGGGAUUCACAAGCAGGGAGAGGGCUCUUGUGCUCAGGUCCUGCUUCCAGGCUUCUUGGAGGCAUCUGGUUAGGCACUGUGAGAACAGGAUGGUGGACUGCGUUGGGCUCUUGGCCUGAUCCAGCAGGGCUCUUCUUACUAAGUUCUUAGGAGCUAUUUUAUAGGAAAUGAAAAGAAGGUGUAAGCAGUUUGGUUUUUCAACCCCAAACUCUCCCACGCCUCCCUUCCUCUUUCCACCUCAGCUCCAGUGCCAUCUCUGUGGUGAAGAUCUUGCGCGUGCUGAGGGUGCUGCGCCCUCUCCGGGCCAUCAACCGGGCCAAGGGGCUGAAGGUGAGGGACGUCUUGCAGGGCAGCUGGUGGCUCUCCAAUGUGGAUCUGGAAGGAGGUCCCACAGCAUGGGGGCUAUGAAGAUGUGGUGCCUGUGUUCCCCAGCCCACUCGGGGUUGGCCCAUCCAUGAGGCAGGGCGAGGCAACUGCCUCAAGGUGGCAGGAUCCACAGGGGCAGUGGAUCCCAAGGUAGACCUUUAUUCCCCCUUCUUCCCGAUGUCAAUCUUCACUCCCCGCUUCUUCCCUGGUGGGGAGCAGGACACCAUUUUGUGGUUCACCUCAGGUGCCAAAAUGUCUUGCACCAGCCCUGACACCCACAGGGUCGCCCUGUUGAGAACUGGAAAGUUCCCUCCUGGCCACCUCACAUCCCUUGUGCCUCCCUGUCUGACAGCACGUGGUUCAGUGUGUGUUUGUGGCCAUCCGCACCAUUGGGAACAUCAUGAUAGUCACCACCCUGCUGCAGUUCAUGUUUGCUUGCAUCGGUGUUCAGCUCUUCAAGGUAAGGAGUGCUAAUUUAUUUGGGGUGGUUUGGAUUAAAUGAGUGUGUGCAAGAUGUGUAUAUGUGCUUGGAUCAAGGACAUGUUGAGUGUGGGCGUGUUUCUUUGAGGCUUGCACCCAAAACACUUCCAAAUACCAUCACCUUAGCAACCAAUCCUGUACCUCAUUAUAGACACUAGUCGGGCGGCUUAUUUGUUUCAGCUGUAGGUCAUCACAAGGGGGGGUGGGGGGAAUCAGCUCAAAAAGAAAGAAAAUACAUGUGCAAAGGCACAGCCAUAGAAGUUACAUGGGUAAACAUAGUAAUAAUAAUCAUAUAAUGAUAUAUGGUAAAUCAUCUGCAUUGCAAAGUAUUGCUCUUGUUUUUCAGCUAGUUGAUUGGUAGCUUACCUCAGCACACACUGCCAUAUUUGAUGAAGGUGGACAGUGAGCAAGAGAGGGAAAGGGAGACCGAGAGAAAGACAGAGAAGUAUGGAGAUCUUGUAGAGGAAAAGCAAUGUGAAAAGAGCAACUAGACAUAAUGCCCAACAUAAGACUGUUGUGAACCUUUCUCUGUUAAGCUUAGGCAGGCUUAGGCAGGCCCUUCCCCACCUCCCAUCUCCACUGGGCCAGCACGAUCCCAAUGACUUGGGGUGGGGAAGUACAUGAUAUGAUGAGGUUGAGGCAAUUUUACAGGGAGAUGGAUGACAACCUGACACUGACCUGGGUUGAGCAUAACAUCUUGCUCUACCCUAAGAUGAAAAGUCGAUAGAAGUGGGUGUCUCAUUACAGGGCAGGGUAAAGGUAAGCCCUGACUGCCCCACCCUGUGUGAGGCUAGUUUACUGUUUCCUCCAUGCCCAGGGCCAUGGGGGGGCAGCACACAGGGUAGAAAGAUAAGAAUUUCCCCAGGAUGGAUACCUUCCUUCCCCAUCAGUGCCCGAUCUCCAAUCUCCUGCCACUUCUGUCUCCAGGGCAAGUUCUACAGCUGCACAGAUGAGGCCAAGCACACUCCGUAUGAAUGCAAGUAAGUCUCAGCCCUGCCCUGCAAGAAGAGCAGAGCAUCCAGUUACCUUCCCCAACCAAGUUCUCCAGGUGGCAUUGGCAUUUUAGCCUAAUACCAAGAACAGCAACCAAGAUGUCUAGCCACCCCACAGAUCAAACUGGGGCCUCUUGUUAACAUUGCUGCCUGCCGCUCUCUGGCCCUGCUUUCUUCUUGUCUUUUUCUUUUUUCCUUACUCCUGGACAGAUCUCAACUGCCAUACAUUAGCAUGGCAAAAUGUUGCAGCAAUGUAAUGGAUUCCCAUGUAUGGCUGAUCUGAGAUGAAAGCUAGAUGGUCUAGUAUCGUGUAAUGGCCUGUGAAUUAAGGGUUGUUUGUGGGUGAGGCCCAAACAAGACAUCACAUGGGAGAUACAGUAAUAACCUCCUACCUUUCUUCCUUCCCCUCCUCUCCUGUUUCUUUUGCUGAAAACUAACCUCUGAGUCUGUGAUUGUGACCCAAAGAGUAGCAGGGAGAAGGUGCUCCUUGACCCUUUCCUUUCCUGUUGUCUUUCUGCUUCCCCUCCCCAAGCUGCUGCUUCUCCCCCCCCCCCCGGCCUUGGGGGGGAGAUAAUUUUGAAGAAAUAAAUGGCAAAAAGGGAAAAGGUUAAGCAAUCCCUGCUAUUCUUCCACUCAGACCAGCUGCCUCCAUGUAUCUGCUUUUCAGUUUAAAAAUAAAGAGAGGAAGAAAAGAGACUAUUAGCAUCUAGUUUGUCCCUAAGAUAGGAGAGAGGGGUCUGAGAGGCAGAAAGGAGGGUGGCUGGGUAGCUUUGCAGUAAAAGGAACUGUGGUUUUUGCAGCUGGAAAUUGUGUUAGGGUUACACUCUGGGAUCUGGUCUGCCUGUCUAAGUUCAAUGACUCCCAGCUGCAGCCCAUACUGAUAGCUCCUUCUGCUCCUUCUUCCUUUCCUCUUCCUCUUCCUCUUCCUCCUCCUCCGCACACAGGGGCACAUUCAUUGUCUACAAGGAUGGAGAUGUGGCUCACCCAAUGGUGCGGGAGCGUGCCUGGCUCAACAGUGACUUCAACUUUGACAAUGUUUUGUCGGGCAUGAUGGCCCUUUUCACUGUCUCUACUUUUGAAGGCUGGCCAGCGUGAGUUACUCUACUGGGCAUUGUGCACGGGGUGUGCACACACGUGUGUAUAUAAUUGUGUUUGUGAUGAUUCUCACCAUUACCAUAAUUCUCUGGCAUGUCACUAUGUAAAACAAAAAUGUGAACAUGAUAAAGCGUGACACAGCUCUUUUGCCACACGCAAGUUAUCGUGUUGUUAGCUUUCUACCCGUUGUCUUCUGCCAUAAUAAAGAAGCUUGUGUGACUUAUUGAAGACUGGAAAGGAAAUCCACCCAUUUUUCCACGCCUCUUCCUAUGUCUGCCUUCUGAAUCAUCUCUUUGCAGUCUAUGAAAAUUCCUGACUGGAUUAGACCAAUAAUUGGCAUCAAUUUCUGGGACUCCUGGGGCAACUUGGCCAAGUAUUAGGAGGGAAGGCUCUACCAGGCAGGUGGAUCCACCAGAGGCAAGUGGCAAAGUCCAAAGCAGAAAAAGGCUGGCAUUCUGAGAGGGGCAGCUGGGGAGCAGGAAGGGCAGGGAACAGGAACUUCACAUUUGUGGAGGAGUUGCUCAGAUUGGGCUGGUUCCUAGUAUGAGGCUUUGUAGAGUUCGGUGGAGCCUCUGUCUCAUGAACAGGGGCUGAGUCAACUGGGGAAGCUUGAAUUGGUGCCUUGGUGGGAGUUCUGAGGAAUACAGCUCUGCCUGCAGUUACUUGGGCAGGAAGACUAUGCCUCAGUGGCAUGGGAAGUAAGAUGUAGGAGCCUGACUGCUGCAAGGGCUGCUUUGAGACACACUCACACCCUUAGCACUUUACAUGAACAGAGAAAAUGUAUCCUGCACUGCUACCAGGAACUCUGAGGUGUGCUUUAACAGAUCAUAGGGCUUAGGUGUGCUGUCACUGCCUAUCCACACCCCAUGUCAAGUCACAGCCAAGAUGGCGAUCUUGGUCUUGGUCAGUGAGGCUCCUUUAUGGGUGUUGGCCCUGGAAAUUUGGGUGCCAGGUCAGCACCAACACUUUGAAUUGUGCUUGGAAACGUACUGGGAACCAAUGUGGAUCCAUUAAGACCAGUGUUUUAUUGUCCUGGAGGCCGCUCCCAGUGGAACCACUGCAUAACAGUGCCCCUAGCUCCCAACUCCUCUAGACGGUCCAGAAGGAUGUCAUGGUCAAUCGUGUCAAAGGCCACUGAGAGAUCCAGCAGAAGCAGGAAACAGCUUUCACUUCUGUCCCUAGCCUGCUGGAGAUCAUAGGCCAGCGCAACCAAGGCAGUUUCAGUUCCAUGAUGAGGCCUGUAUCUUGAUUGGAAGGGAUCCAAAUGGUCGUAUAUCCUGUCCACAGAAUGGUAGUUCAUGCUUUUUAUGGGUCUGUCUCUCCUCUUCACUGUUAUGCUCUCUGUUCACAGUUUCCCUCUCUUCACCACUUUGCCCUUGCCAGGCUACUUUACAAGGCUAUCGAUGCCAAUGCAGAAAACGAGGGGCCCAUCUACAACUACCGGGUGGAGAUCUCCAUCUUCUUCAUUGUCUACAUCAUCAUCAUUGCCUUCUUCAUGAUGAACAUCUUUGUGGGUUUUGUCAUCAUCACUUUCCGGGCACAGGGAGAACAGGAAUACAAGAACUGUGAGCUGGACAAGAACCAGGUAUCUCUUUCUCCUCACUUCAUGCUCUGCUGGUGCAAAUCACCGUUCCCACUUAUUCCCAACCUCACUGCCACCAUGACCAACCCAUCCUCAUUGUUCUGCUGCCACAUUAACUUCAGCAGUCGAUUACUUCAAAUUUGUGCAGUUCUGAUGGAGCUGGUGGAGAUUGUGGCUUUUUCCUUCUGUCUCUCUCCCUCCAGUGACUGUCCCACAAUUCCUUUUACUGAAUAAAGCAGGGGCAGGGAACAUUUUCUGUUGAGGGCUGAAUUUCCUUGGCGGGGGGGGGGGUAUCAUCUCUCAGGGGACGGGACCAGAACCAAAAGUGGGUGGGGCUAUCCCUUCUCACUCUUUUUCUCUCACCCUUAUCCUUCACCCUCCCCUCUCUGCCCCUCCUCUUCCUCCCCACCUAGCAAUCUACAAGGGGAAUAACAGGUUGCUCUUGCCAGAGGUCUAAACUGAUUGCCUGCAGAGGCCUAUGGUACUAGUAUCUAUUGCUCAUGCAGCAAGGCUACUAGUCUCCUUGUGGCCUUAAGUCUAUAUCAAAUGCCAACUUGGGGCUCCAGAACCAAUAUCUUUGAAUAAGACCUCCCUAACAUGCCUGGGAUCUGGAGAGCUUUCAAAGAUACCUUGAAGUGGUGAUGAUGUUUAUGGGGCAGUUAGUGCAGGGUUGUUCAUUGUUUUCUAGCUAAAACUCUUCUACUUUCCACAGCGGCAGUGCGUGGAAUAUGCCCUGAAGGCCCAGCCGUUACGGCGCUACAUCCCCAAGAACAAAUAUCAGUAUAAAUUCUGGUACAUGGUCAACUCCACCGGUUUUGAAUACAUCAUGUUUGUGCUCAUCAUGCUUAACACCAUUGCACUGGCUGUGCAGGUGAGAGUGAGCAGGUAACAAUGAGAAGGGCAGUGAGGGUAUGUGAGGGGGAGAUUGGUGAUGGAAGGCAGAUGAGGCCAAAGAGACAGGACAUUUGUCCUUCACUUGCUUGUCCUGUUCAUGUCUAAAGCCAAAAAAUCUACACAACAAAAAGAGCAUGUGGACGAAUGAAACUGAACCCUCUUCCCUUCCUUAGUUUCCUAUGCUCCAUUGCCUCAGCCUGGCUCCCAAUAUAGGAAACUGAGUGGGCUUGAAGUGAGAUAAGAUCAGGAGAGAAGAGGCACACAUUACCUUCAAGCUCCUUUUGUUGUUUUUUAAAGAAUUAGGCCCAUCCACCUCACAAUCCCCAUUUUCAAACAUCAGUGGAGCAGACACAUGAGUCAACAAACAAGGCAGCCCCUGCCAUGACUAGUUUGAUUCUUAGUGAGAAAGGUGUGAGAUGACAGGCACACAGUUCAGAAUGUAAAGAGAAGUGGAGAGACCAAGAAGCUCACUUGGUAGAAUAGGGCUCACUUUGGUGUGGGAGAAGUCUGUGUUGUGGGGAAGGGAAUUUAUGCUUAAACAACCCAUACACAGGGUAAUAUUUUGCCUAUUGUAUAGAGGGGCCUAUUGUACAUGCAUAUUUUGAUACUUGUAUCAUUUUUAAAACAACAACAACACACCAUUGUCUUUAUUUUAAAUAGAGAGAGGAAAGGACUGAGGUGUUGGAGUACCAAGGCUUGUAGUGAUGGCAGGAAUCAGAACUUUGUCAUGAGAACAAAGGGAAUGUGAUGCACAAUGGCAGUGUUCAAUGGCUGUGAGUUGCCAGGGCUUCAAGGGCAGAGAAAUGCUGACUCUGGGGGAGAUGUUCAUGUGGACAGCUAUUUUUGGUAUUAAAGUAGACCAUCCAGAAGAGCAGUGCUAUUUUUUUAGAAAAAGAGAUGCUGGAACUCACCAUGAACACCUCCCUCAUUUUCUUAGAAUGGCAGUGGUGCCCACCUGAGAGGUGCUGGAACUGAGUUCUUUCAAGUUCCAGCUUUAAAAAAAGCCCUGCAGAAGAGUGCAUAUGAGCCAGUGGGACUUGAGGGUAGAUCAGGAUUCCCACCACACAUCCUGCUUUCUCAAAAUACCUAGGACCAGUGAAGUGCAUGGCAUACUUAUACUUUGGGAUUUUGACCCCCAAAGGCAAGCAUACUAAAGGAGACAGGCAUUCUGAAGCUGAGGCAAUAUUCACUCCAAAGGGAACAACCCUUGAGUGGAAGGUGGGAUGCUGGAGAAGAUGGGGAGAAGGCAGGAGAAGCCCAGGUCACACCUCGCAACAAGGUAGAAAGAUAGGUGAUGGAGACAAGACAGAGUCCAUGGUACAAACUUGCUGAAAGGUGUGUGCACAGACAGUGUGCCAUGGCUGAUCAGUAAAUCAGGACCAGAGGAAGGGCCUCUGACUGCCAACCAACAAAUGUGUGGUGUGGUAGAUAGGAGCCCAAAAGAACCUGGGAAUGCUGGGUGGAUUUUGAGAACAAGGUUGCAAAGCACCAAAUCACAACAGCUCCCAGCUUGAGGACCACAAGAUCCCCAAGGUGCUCCUACAUGCUUUGUGCAUUUUCUCCUUUUCCAGCACUACGAACAGUCCCAGCCCUUCAACUAUGUCAUGGACCUGCUCAACAUGGUCUUCACAGGCCUCUUCACUGUCGAGAUGGUGCUGAAGAUCAUUGCCUUCAAGCCCAAGGUUUGGGAGCUGGGGGUUCUACUCAAGAGAUACUUUGCUUAGAGCAGAGGUGGGCAGCCUGCGGCCCCCCAGAUUUUGCAGAGCUACAGCACCCAUCAAACCUUUAUAAUUGGCCAUGCUGGCUGGAGCCCAACAAUACCUGGAGAGUCACAGGUCCUCCACACCUGGCUUAGAGUCUCACCAUAAACAACCAUAUGUUUUCAAGUUAAUUCUGGAGCUUGGCAGGAAUCUUGGCAUUAUGCCACUAUUCACAAGUUUCCAGCUGAGUGAUAGUAAUCCCACAGGGUCUGAGGCUUUUAGUUUCAAUCCCCUGCAUUGAUAAUGAUCAUUUGCUCCAGAAACUAGUGUGACAUGCAAUUCUGACUCCAGGAUUUUGUGGAGUAUCAGGCAAGGCACUCUCAAGGUUGCCCCUUAUCCUGGAAGAGACAGGACAUGCAAUCCAAGAAUUUCCUCCCAUUGCCUCCUGUGCUCUUUGGUGCCUGUGGAAAGUGAAGCCAGUGGCCAUUUAUACUGAUAUAAAUCAGUAUAAAUCAGGCCUCAGCAAAUGCCUGACCUUACCAAUCUUUGGAUCCAGGCACUGGCAAGAGAGGUUCCAGAGUAAUUGAAGCCUUCUCUCUGAAAAUGGCCUUUCUUGGUAGAAAUCUACAUCAGGGAUUUAUUGUAUCUGCAGAGAGCCUCUUUGCAUGAGAUCCUGAAGCAUAUAAAAAUAUUGCAAAAGGAGCCUUCUGCAUUUCAAAGUAACACUUCCAAGGUUCAGAGCAGUGGUAAUUUGAUUUUUCACUCUCUCCUGCAGGCUCACUAGAUCCAAAAUUUUCCCCCUCUUCUCCUGCUUCCAAGGGGGGUUUUGUAUUUUAAACUGAUGGAAAUUUAAUCCUUUGCCAAAAGCUUUCAAAGACUUUAAUUUGUAACAUCUUUGCUUCAGUCUAUUUACAAAAACGGAAGGCGGACUUCCUGUUUAUGACCUCCCUCUUCAGUGCCAAAUUAAAGUAUUUAAAAAUCCAAUUUUCCGAUUUACUCACUAGUAGUUGUUUAAAAUCCAAUUGUCCACAGGAAAAAGUCAGCACUCUCCGGCAACAGCAAUGCGGCUUCACUCCGUGAAAAAAGCAGUUGGAUUCAAAGCACCACGCCACUCACCCCACGUCGCUCCGGAUCCCCAAAACAGGGUUUCCCCGUGAGUAGGGGAGGCGCAAAAGGUGCCAGCCGAAUCCCAGGUUCACAAGCUUCUCCCGCUUGUGAUUUCAAUGGGUCUCCACCUUCGCCGUGGCGGUCAGACCCUGUUUUUCACAGAGCAAGUUCCUCCCGAACGGAGGAGCUCCGCCAUUGCCGGAGGCGCCAACCCGGAAGUCUGGUAACCCACAAACUAGACUGACCAAGCAGCUGUAGGAUUUAUAUCAUGCACUUCCAAACAAUUCAUGCAUAUCAGCUCAAGUAUUUAUUACUUUUAUAGAUUACAAAAAAGGGAAGAGAAAAACAGAAAAAAAGACAAAGAAGGAAAGCAAAAAGGAAAACAACAACAAAAAACAAUACAGUACAGUGUAUAGACAAUGCAAAACACAACCUAAACUCAAAACUAAACACAUUAAACUAAACUAAACAAACCCCACUCCCUAACCUUAACCCUAAAUAAAACAAAACAAAAACAUUUUAAAAACAUACAUCAUCCCUUUUCCGUACUCUAUCUUUCAUUCCCUUGUUUCCUCGACCUCCUCUCACCUCCCUUUUUAUAUUCCACUUCUUUUAAUUGUUUCAGCAAAUCCUUUCCAUCUUUCUCCAUUUUCUAUCAUAUUGUAAAUAACGUAUUUUUUUAACCUUAUUUUCCAUUAAAACUAAAAUACUUAUAUAUACUUAACUCCUAAUAACAUUGCUGCUAAGCCCAUAAAAAUCAUUCCACCAUUUUUCUAUCACUCAUUAGUUUUACCAUAAGUCUAUAUAUAAACUUUAAAUUUUCCAAUCUUCUUCCACCAUCUCCUCUCCCUGGUUUCGGAUUCUGCCAGUCCUUUCCGUCAACUCCAUAAAGUCCAUCAACCCGGUGAUCUUAUGUCCGAGGCUCUUAACUCUUUUCCAAGUCCCUUCUGCAGGUCUUCUUCAUUUUCUUUAAUGCUAAAGAGCAAAUCUCGGGGAAACUCCAACCUGUCAAUCCUUUUCUUCCUUCUGAACAGAUCAGCCAAAUUUCCAUAGUUGAAGCUACAGUCCAUAAAGUAUUUCAGGACAUAUUUCAAGAUUCCUCCAAAUCCAAAGGCCCCCAAAACUUCAAUCUCCUCCAGGCCCGAGUCCAUGUCCCAAAAGUCAGUUAAUCCCUGCAUAGAGGAUCUUUCCAACUUUCCUUCUUUAAUCCAAGCCGGGAUCCAUUCCUCAAAGUCUGACUUUUCCUAGAUUCAAUCAUAAAAGGCCUCAACUUAUAGUCCUCAAUUUGCUUCUGUAAAGCCGUGGAUCCCGCUUGUAUUACUUUAUGUUCAACAACAGCAGCUUUCUCCUUCUCCUCCACCAUUUGUCCUGCCAAAGAUUUUAUGAUUCUGUAUAAUUCUAGAAACUAUAGGAAAAAGAAGUGCAUGUGGGUCUAGCUCUGGCUGCUUUUCCACAAGAAUCUAUGCAGGAUUUGUUCCAGAGUGGCCUUUUCUCUCUCUUUCCCCCAGCACUACUUCUGUGACGCAUGGAACACCUUUGAUGCUCUGAUCGUGGUCGGGAGUGUAGUUGACAUCGCAGUCACUGAAGUCAACGUGAGUCAUUCCCAACAUGAAAUGUGUCCUCUGAAACAACCUCAGCUUUUUUAUUCUGCUGGGAAAUGUUAGCACACCUGCAGCAAAGUUGCUGAAAGAGUUUGGAUGUGUUGCAGCACCGCACAUGUAUGGAAUGAAUACCCUGAAUACUUGUAUCUUUUUGACAGCAUAACUCAAACAUAGUACCCUGAGGUCUGGAAAUCUGCUUUUAAACAAAGAUAUAAAAUUUUGUGCUAGAUCCCAGCUUAAGUUUCUAAUUUUGCGUAUGCAUAAUGCAAUAAACCAAACUGAUUAGAUGGUUUAAAAACAAAGCAUCUUUUGGAGUUCAUUUAUUCAUCCACCUUUAUAAUUGCCCGUCUUUUUGCCUUUUGUCUAUCCAUCUAUGUAUCCAUUCUGCUAUUUCUCUCUCACUUUCUCACCUGUUCUCUGCCAUGCCGCUGCCUCCCAUUGGAUGUUAUGAACCCUCGUUUCGUCUUUGCCAUCAUCAUUCCCUUCAUUAUCCUGCGUUAGAAUGGAGGUCAUGUUGGAGAGGUAUUGCACAUGUAUUUAAUCUCAAGAAAGUUUGGAAAGGGGUGGUGGAAGGGCUAGCUGCGUCAAUGCUAAGUGUAUGCAACAAACAGGUUCAUAAGAGAGCCGGUAUGGUGUAGUGAUUGUCAGACUAGGACUGGUGAGGGCCAGGUUGAAAUUCCUACUCAGCCAUGAAGCUGGGUGGCAAACUCUCAGCCUAAUCUACCUCACAGGUUUGUUGUGAGGAUAAAAUGGAGAGAGACACCACAUAUAGCUCCUUGGAGGAAAUGCAGUAUAUCAUGUAAUAAAUUAAGUGUUUAAGGGCCUCCAAAUUCAGGCAACUGUGUGCAAAUGCUGUGUGUGUGGUGUGUGUGUGUGUCUAUAGCUGUGAGUGUGCUAUGCUUGAGUAAUUGCACAUAUGAUUCACCAGGUGUUGACAGCUGAUGUGUUGCCAGACCUAAUGCCCGUCAAGGUGGGGGAAGGCAAAACUGCAUAAUUACAAAGCAAAAUUGUGUAUUAAUCAGCACAAGGAGCAGCAAAGCCAGCCAGUCUGCCCCAACUCUGCUUUCAUAGGGAGUCAGGGACUAGUAUCAAUUGGUUCAUUCUGCCUUUUGGCAUCAGGGGGCUUUAUUUGCAGGCGUGCUUGGUCUUUUGUAAUCUUACGCUUUGGCUAGUGCUGGUUGGUGGUGCUCAGGCUGAACCCACCCUCACCUGACACCAUUCAUCUACUGUGGCCCUGGGUCCUCCUGACACACCGUGCCUACCCUUGGAUGGGUGAACAUGCAUCUGGCAGGAGGUUUCUGUGUGUGCAAAGGCAGCAUUGGCCUGAUGUGUGCAAGCAUUGACAGGGUUCAUGUGAUGGAACUUUAUCAAGGUAGUCCUGAGUGGUGGGCUGCCUGGAUUUGGGGCUUUUGCUUCACCUUCUUUCUUGCUGAAUCCAACCCCACUGCUGCCACUUUCACAAGCAGGCACUUCCUUGUGUCACCCACAGCAGCAGAAAGAUGCCCAACAAAGGAGAUAGCACAGUUGCCUGGCAACAACACAACCCUCUUCCCCUUGAUCCUGGGCCGGGGCAAAGCAGGCAGCUCUGAACCUGGGAGAAGUUGUAGCAGGCCUUCCCAUCAGAUUGCUCUGCCUUCAGGGUAGAUGCUAAAAGGGCUUUUUGUUUCCUUUGUCUUGUGUAUAGGAUGCCCUGUGGUUGUGUGAAUAUGGGUUCCCAAGAUACGUAUGUCUUGCCUAUGACAGCUAUGUGGAGCCUCCCUGUGCAGAGGCAGUGCUCCUCCUGGCACCAGGUGCUUUGGACAGACAGCAGGGAGACCAUCCAGGCUCUGCUUAUGAACUCCCCCAGGCUGCUGCUGACCUGUGGAUUGCUGGGGAAAUGACCUGACCUGAGCCAAAAGGAUCUUCCAUACGUGGGCGGGUUCAGUUCAGGAGUGAAGAACUUCAGGCUCAAGUGCUAAGCAUUCCCCUCCAGACCUCUCCUGGCCAGGCCCCCUGCCCACAAGCAACACCUCCCCCACGGGCCUUGCUUUGCACCACAAGCAUUUUUGCCUGUCUGGAAUGUGUCCUUGAGCGCUGAUCAUGCCUCUUGCUGGUCUGGAUGGAGGGUAGAAAGGCAUGCCCGAGUGUGUGCAGAAACUAAUCUACUGUACAAAAGCAAAAUUUACAUUUGUUGCCUUCCCAAUUUUGCUCUUGAUACAGCAUGUGCCAGCAUGCAGCCCCUGGAAGGUUGCCUAGAACAGAAUGUGGCCCUCGGCCUGAAAAGGCUCCCUGCCUUUUGCAUCUGCUGUGCACCAAGUUGCAUGUAGCAUCAGACAGGAGUGGUGGGGAACCUGUGGACCUCCAGAUGUUGCAGCCCUCCAGCUUCUAUCAUCCCUGAGCUGUAGCCAUGAGGACCAGGGUUGCUGGGAGUGGAGUCUAUCAAUAUCUGGACGGCCACGAUCCCUCAUGCCUGACUUGCACGGAGUUCUUUGUUGUCGUCAUGUGGGUGCUGCCAACCUGACUUCUCUCUCUGCCUCCACAGAGCUCAGAGGACAGCUCUCGCAUCUCCAUCACCUUCUUCCGCCUCUUCCGUGUCAUGCGCCUGGUCAAGUUGCUCAGCAAAGGAGAGGGCAUCCGCACCCUGCUCUGGACCUUCAUCAAAUCCUUCCAGGUCAGAGGGAUUUCCUGGGAUGUGGCCUUUCCCUCCCACAGUAGAUCAAAGCAUGCUGUGCUCCAUCCAACACAUAGGGAGGAGAAGAGCAUGCUAGAGAAAUGCUGAGCACAAACAGAAGCAUCUUUAUAGGCUGUGCUGUGUACUGGGCUAAACCAGGAAUGUCUGAGCCUGGUAGCUGGGUGGGUGGGUCCAGUACUCCCAGUUCACUCUGUGUUUGUUCCACCUCCAGGCUUUGCCAUACGUUGCCCUUCUUAUUGCCAUGAUCUUCUUCAUCUACGCAGUCAUCGGUAUGCAGGUGAGCAGACGGAGCCUCCCCUACUGCUCUCCAAGCUUGCCGAGAAGCAAAUUAAUUCAUGCCACAAUUAGUGUGCUAUGAGUGGGCUUUGCUAGAACUGUGUGCCUUUAUUGUGCAAGGGGCUCUGGGUGCAUCAUGUGUGUGGGUACAUGCUUUAAGAAAAGGGACACCCAGCACACUUACUUAUACAUGCACAAACAUAUGUGCAUGCCUGCUAUUCCAACCGGAGUACUGCAUAGGAUUCUGUAGCAUGCAGGCUGAAUGAGUGAUGUCUGUGAGAAACAUUAAGUGGGCUUUCGCUUAUCACCACAUACAGGAAAGCCUUGGACCUGGUCCAGUGCUGUAAGCACCAUCCUGCUUCCUGUCAUAGUUCUAGCUGUGUGGUGCUGGUGCAGUUUCAUUCUCCACUAGUUCAUAGGAGAGGAGGGCUUAAUGGUUUGUAUUCCAGUUCGCUUCACAGAGAUUCUGCAGCUGGACUCUGUUCAUGACAUCUUGGCAUGGCUCUGAGAGUGCUUUCCUUGCCUUUCAGACCUUUGGCAAAGUGGCCAUGCAGGACGGUACGCCAAUCAACCGCAACAACAACUUCCAGACCUUCCCGCAGGCGGUGCUGCUGCUCUUCAGGUGCCUCUUUGCCUCCACAAAGCAAAAGUAUUUCUGCAUUUAACAACUUAAGCCCAUUUUAAGACCUUCUGGUGGUCCCUCGGUGUGUGGAACCAGUGAGCUGACUGGAAAAAACAGGAGCCCCUGAGGAAUAAUAACAUCUUCCUAAGUGCCCCCCGCAGCAAAGCUUCUGCCCCUUUCCCACAGGGUGCCUUGGUCCUUAGCCCCAGUUGGUGGCUUUCACCAUGUUCUUUCCACCUCUCUCUUCCUCCAGGUGUGCAACAGGGGAAGCCUGGCAGGAGAUCAUGCUGGCCAGUUUGCCUGGCAAACGCUGUGACCCCGAGUCCGACUAUGAGCCUGGCGAGGAGUUCACUUGUGGCAGCAACUUUGCCAUUGUCUACUUCAUCAGCUUCUUCAUGCUCUGCGCCUUCUUGGUGAGACUCUGCAGCAGACUUCCCUCUGCUCUCUUCCGCCUCAGCCAGUUCCAAAAAAAACAGAUGCCAAUCCUGCUUUGCAAAGCCAGGCUCCCAGUUGUAGCCAACAUGUGAAAGCCCUUGUUUGCACCAGGCGGCGGGACUGUGGUGGGCCAUUUCCCAGCCUUGGUCCCUGAAAACCAAAGUGGGCAUUGCAUCGGGAGUGGGCAGAAUGUUUUUGGUUUCCUUUAAGGGAGAGCUCCUGCUCUCCAUUAAAAUUUAACCCUUUACCUCCCUGCCAUUUGUCCUCUCAAAAUUCUCCUCCUCAUCCCUUGGUUGCGUUCUUAUCUGUCCUUGCCCAGAAAUCUCAAAAUGUUUCUGCUGCGGCUCUGCUUAGCCAAUGUGCAAGAGAACGACAGUGCAGGAGGAACAGCAAAGUGCCUCAGUGUGUGCCUUACACCUUUUGGUGGUAUCCCUGUACCAGCACUAAAUCUUAGGCAGAUGGUCUGUGCCAGAUUUAACCCAUUUUUUUCACCACUGCCUCUAGCUGGUACUGGGCAUUCCCAUGCCAUGCUUAAUUGCUAACACUAUGACUCAUCAUAACCAUCUUCUGACAUGAAGGUUUUCCUCGCCAAUCCUAAACAUGUGGAUUGACGGAAAUGGGCUUUGCCCGUGCUCUCAUGCGCUCUCCUGAUAAGAACAGAAGAACCUGCUGGAUCAGACCAAUGGCCCCUCUAGCUCAGCAUCAGCAGAUGCCUGUGGGAAACCAGGGAGCAGAACGUGAGCAUAAGCUCAGCCCUCUCACCUCCCGUGGUUUCAGAAGCAUUGCCCUCUCCAGUUAUGGAGGCAGAGCAUGGCCACGUUGGCUAGUAGCCAUUGAUAGCCCUCUCAACUGUGAAUUUGUCUAAUCCUCUUUUAAAGCCAUUCCAUCCAGGGGAAGUGAGUUCCAUAGUCCAACUGUCUGAAGAAGGACUUUCAUUUAUCUGUCCUCAACAUGGUGCUAAUUGUGCACAUUCCAACAUUGAGUCAAAGCCCGGAAAGCAGUUUCCGUAAGAGUUUAUGAGCUCUGGUUCAUGGAAAGCCUUCCAAUGGUGGCUACAACUCAAAAGACACUUACUUGGGAGUAAGUCCUAGUGAUCUUGAUAUUCAGAGGAACAGGCUGUUUGCCUCUGAGGUCUUGCUCUCCUUGCCUCUCAUGGGCUCUUUGGGUGCAUUCACUGACCUUCACUCCAUUUCACCUCUUCUAGAUCAUCAACCUCUUUGUUGCUGUCAUCAUGGAUAAUUUUGACUAUCUGACCCGGGACUGGUCCAUUCUGGGUCCCCACCAUCUUGAUGAAUUCAAGAGGAUCUGGUCAGAGUACGAUCCAGCUGCCAAGUAAGAGACACAUGUCUUUUUUUCUGCAAUUACAGUAACUACUUACAUGGAAAUGCAAUGGAAUGUUCCAAUCAUCCAGAAAUUCUGGAACUUUCUACUAGGGGCAGCAGAGAGAAGUUUUGACCUUCUCCUGGUUUAUAGCUUCAUUUGCAGAGGUCCCGUGAUACAAUAUCUUGAAAUCUCAGGCAAUAAGAGGGGUGUUAUUUUAACAUUUUUGCCAGUGUAAUUGUGUGCCACAAGGGGCCCUAAACAGCAGGGCCAUCUUAAGCAUAUCUGGCGCCAUGGUGCAAUGCUCCCUCUGGUGCUCAGGCGCUGCUGGCGGGGCUGGAGGAGGCAGGCAGCGGCUGGAGGGCGGCUUCUCCGGCGGGGAAGAGGUGGAGGCUGGACAUGGCACCUCCUGACUCAGCUGGCCGCUUCGUGCUGCGGUGGCCACGGCAGACGGAGGCUCCGGGCGUGGCGCUGCUUUGGCGUGGCAUGGCAGAGGCAGGCGAGGGCGGCGAGCUGAUGCCAGGAGGUGCUGUGUCCAGCCUCUGCCUCUUCCCUGGCACCCUCCAGAACUUGGUGCCCUGGCGCCCCGCGCCACUAGCCUCUAUGGGUAAGAUGCCCCUGCUAAACAGUGUACUUGGACCUGUCACUUCCUGACCCAGAGGUGCAGAGCUGGAGGAGAGCAAUGGUUUUGCUUCACAUAGUUCACAUAAGGAACAGGGGUCCUUUCUAGGCCAUGGCUAGUCUGCCACCACUCAUAGUCCCAUUGAGGGAAGCAGCACCCCACCUAUCCCACAGCUCCUUACCACCCACUUGAGAUGCCAAUGUGGUGCAGUGGUUAGAGUGUUGGACUAGGACUUGGGAGACUAGGGUUCAAAUCCCCAUUUGGCCCACAAUUGCUGUGGGGAUUAAAUGAGGAAGGGAAGAACCAUGUAUACCACCUUGAGCUCCAUGGAGAAAAGAGUAGAAUAUAAAUGCAAUAAAUAAUAGAAUCACAGAAUUCUAGAGUUGGAAGGGACCCUGAGGACCAUGUAGUUCAACCCCCUGCAAUGCAGGAAUAUGCAACUGUCCCUUACAGGGAUCAAACCUGCAACUAAGAAAUAAGUUCUCUUCCUCCAGGGGCCGCAUCAAGCACCUUGAUGUAGUGACUCUACUACGCCGGAUACAGCCCCCGCUGGGCUUUGGGAAACUCUGCCCCCACCGAGUAGCUUGCAAGGUAAUCUCAAGGGGCCCACCUGAGUGUGACUCCUGGGUUCUCGCUUCCUAGGAGAACAUCGUGGCCGGGUUCUAGCUCCAGAGCCUAUCAGUCCUCAUGGGUUCCCUUGGAGGACUUUAUGAAGGGAAUGAGGUGGGUGGGGCUACAGUAGAGAGGUAGCUGGGGAGGACAGGUGACAAGGAUUCUUGCUUUUAAUUCAUUUGUCUCUGCAGAGGCUGGUGGCUAUGAACAUGCCCCUGAACUCAGAUGGAACUGUCACCUUCAAUGCCACUCUCUUUGCCUUGGUGCGGACAUCCCUCAAGAUCAAAACAGAAGGUGAGGUACAAGACGGUUCUCAUGGCGCUUGUCCUCAGUAUAUGCAGAAUUGUUACUAGCUGAUGAGAAAGAACAUUUUAUACUCUCCGGGAAUGAUGUUUUUUCUCCAAGCACGUAACUGGAUUUAUGCAAAUCCACUUGCCCAGUUGCUAGUAGCAACUGCAACUCCCAUCUUAUGCCACACACCUAGCUGAAAUACUCCUUCCCUGGAAAUCCACAGAAGAGAAAGUGGAAAGUUAGAAACUUCUCUCCUUUCCUGCUAGGCUUUUGCAGGAUUGUGGAAAGAAAUACCUUGAAAGGGUCAAUGGUGGCCACAAAUAAAGCGGGCUAUUCAGCCAAACUCUGCAGACCCUACAUUCCAAAUUCCAGGGCUAAGACCCAGCAUUAAAAAUACGAUCUGGUCCCAAGCUUCACUUCUCCUUCCCCACCUCCUGCAACUGUCCUUUGGGUCAGACCAGAAGGCCUUGCUUCAGCCACCUCCGGUUUCCACUGCCCCACCUUCACCCCACCUUGCCCAAGCUUUGGCUUGGACCCCCACCCACCCACCCUAUGCGCACCUCGUUGUUCACAAGGCACCCCCAGUGGUGACCCUGGGCAUUUGUUUGUUUGCUUGCUUGUUAUUCAUUAUCUUUGUAUUGGGAUUGCUCAUCCAAUCAAAUUUCUUACAUAAUUCAUAAAGGUAAAGGUACCCCAGACUGUUAGGUCCCGUCACGGAUGACUUUGGGGUUGUGCGCUCAUCUCACUCUAUAGGCUGAGGGAGCCAGCGUACAGCUUCUGGGUCAUGUAGCCAGCAUGACUAAGCCACUUCUGGCAAACCAGAGCAGUGCACGGAAACGCUGUUUACCUUCCCACCAGAGUGAUACCUAUGUAUCUACUUGCACUUUGAUGUGCUUUUGAGCUGCUAGGUGGGCAGGAGCAGGGACUAAACAACAGGAGCUCACACCGUCGCGAGGGUUCGAACCGCUGACCUUCCGAUCGGCAAGCCCUAGGCUCAGUGGUUUAGACCACAGCACCACCUGCGUCCCUUUACAUAAUUCAUAUAGGCAACAAAAUACAAAACACAAUUAAAAAAAACAUUUUAAAGGCACAAAAAUGCAGCAAGAAACAUAACUGACUCAUAUUCCACUGCUCAUAUUCCACAGAACAUCUGCCUAACCACAGAAGCAGGCAAUAGGGGUGAUCUCUGGGGGGCAUUUGUCACCUCCCCACCCCAGUCAUAUGUAUAGAUGGAGAGAAUCCUGUAAGCGGGACUAGUUCAGUGGAACAGCCGUUGCAAGGACUUGGGCUUGAGCUGCAGGGUCCUGAGAAGUCACAGGCAAACCCCAGAGUAGACUGCAAGGGCACGGAUUGGUGCCAAGGCAUUACUGUAACCCCCUAAUGCAGGAAUCUAGAAGAGGAAUUUUGUUCAGAUCCACCCCACAAACUUAAAGCACAUUUAAAGGAUUUGGGGAAUUGUAGCUUUGUUGGGCGUAAACUAUACUUCCCAGGUUUUUGUGGGGGAGCCAUGUGCUUUAAAUGUGUGGUGUGGUCCUCAUUCUCCCCCCACUCUUGUAGGAGACCUGGAUGUGGCAAAUAAGGAGCUUCGUGCUGUAAUCAAAAAGAUCUGGAAGCGGACCAAGCCCAAAAUCCUGGAUGAAGUUAUCCCUCCACCAGAAGGUCAGUGCCCCUUUGUCCUAGCAACCGGACUCUGUCCCAUCCCCACUGCCCAGAGAUAAAAACUGAACCAAGCACUCUUGGCUUUCCAUCCAGAACCUACUCUGAGUCCCAUUUAACAGGGUGCUGGUUUGCUCUCAGGGCUGGUCCAAGCACUGAAGUAAUCUCUAGGUUGCUUAGGGCAUUGUUGUGUAGCAACCGGAGGUGGCAUCUGCUUAACCUUCUGAGGGCCACCUUGGCAAGUUCAACAAAGGAUAAGGAAAGGAAGCUUGGAAGACAUGAUGCUGUAGUGAUACUUGGGAUUCCUGCAGCAAUGACGCAAGGAGUUCAGUGGACCUAGGGGACUGGGAGAGCACUGUAGCUUGACAAGCAUCCUGGAGAGUAUUGAGUGUUUGCAGAGCACCAAGUAAGUGAUCUACAGCAGGCACCGGGCAAAACCACACCAUGCUUUAAUGUGUCCUACCCACAUACCUCCAGAGUAUCAAGAGAAAUGGGGAAAUCAGAGGCUGUGUUGGCUUGAUGGGCACUUUCAGCAAUCAUGGACCUUGGAGCAGGUGCCAGUCUUGCCCAUUGCCAGCCCUGUUUAUGAAGGAUCUUGCAUAUAUGAAGAAUUUUGCAAUAAUAAUAAUAAUAAUAAUAAUAAUAAUAAUAAUAAUAAUAAUAAAUUAUUUAUACCCAGCCCAUCUGGCUGGGUUUCCCCAGCCACUCUGGGGGGAAAUAAAGUCAUAUUGUAUUUGGCGCAAGAUGGAGAUCAUCUUUGGGGAAAAUAGACCUUCAGAUCUGCAGAAGAGCCAUGUUAAUCUGUUUCAGAGGAAAUAAAGGGGCUCCUGUGGCACCUUCAAGACUGCCACCAUAAAUUAAGGUUGUACUCUUUAAGAUGCCAUAGGACACUGUGACCUUUAAAAACCAGCCCACCUAUUCCAUGGAGCUUUUUGGAAAUACAGAUGUUCCCAAAAACAAGCCACAGAUUCCUAACAAGAGUGCGCUUAACGUCUUCCCUUGGCAGAGGAGGAGGUCACUGUUGGAAAGUUCUAUGCCACAUUCCUGAUCCAGGAUUACUUCCGUAAAUUCCGUAAGCGGAAGGAGAAAGGAAUGCUUGGUCCAGAUGGGUCCCCAAGCAACUCUACUGCCUUGCAGGUGAGUAUCCUUGUUUUGCUGUGGGCCUCUUAGCUGCUCUAAUGAACAGAGAAUGCAACAUGGAUACCAGGCUGGCUGAUCCUGCUGCUUUGGUGCUUCUCUCCCAUUCAGGCUGGGUUGAAAAGUUUGCAAGAUCUGGGGCCUGAGAUCCGCCGGGCCAUGUCCUGUGACCUGGAAGAAGAGGAGGAAGCUGAGGAAACUGUGUGUGAGGAGGAAACCGUGACCUAUAAGGUGAGCCUUUGGUCUAGUUUUCUCUGAGUGAGUUAACCUCCAUCUGGAGUGCACCACUUUGGACUCAACAUAUGGAAGAAUCAUAUGACUGAAUGCUGCUCCAUAUCAAAACAUUCCCUGCACCUGGAAAACACAUGUUAGGAAGAAUGCUAAAGUAGAAUUCUUCUUUCUGGACACACUAGUUUUCUACCUGUUGGGAUUUCUCUUUUUAACAGAGCAGAAUUCAGUCAUGGCAGCUCCCAGGGUACAGCCCAAAUAUAGGUUCAUCACCUCAGUGAUGCCUCCUCUUUGCCCACUAAUUGAGCAGGGCAGAAAAGCAGACAGAGUAUUGGUUAUCAUGGACUACUACCAUAGGGAUAACUGAUAGCUGGGAAACACUGGCCUGCAAGCACUCCAGCUGGAGAACAGCCUUGACCAAAGGUGUCAUGGACUUUGAAGAAGCUUGAACUUAGGACGAAAAGGAGAAAUGAGCUAAGAGGAAGGCACGCUUGGCAAUCCCUCACCAUGAUCAACUCCUGCCCAGAAACCUCUGUGCCCACUAUGGAUGAACAUGUGGAUCCAGAAUUGACCUCCACUUACAGACUCACUGUUAAGACCGUUUUCAUGGAAGACAAUCUUACUUGGCUACGAGUGAUCGCCAGAGAGGAAGAUUACCAUAGGGCCAAAAACAUUGUCCACUGGAGUUCAGAAGGGACAUUUCACUCCAUUUCACAGUAGUUAUUAUCAAAUCUCAGGUUGGGAAAUAAUUUUCUAGAGGUGGAGCACAUGGAGCAGCUCAGUGAGGAAGGCAGUGGAAUAAUAACCACCAGGGGCCUCCUUGCCAGUUGCCAGGAAAUCUAUAGAAGAGAUAGAUGAAGUUAGACAAAGCCUAGACAAUGUGAGAAAUCCAUGGCCUUCCAGACAUUGAUGGAAUGCGCCUCCCAUCACUCUUGUUUAUUAGGCCCUAAUGGCUGGGGAUGGCUGCUUUAACUCAAGGCACUGGCUGGAGUAGCCAGAGAACAUUAGCCUUGUUCUCAGCAUGGGAUCUCUUUGGCAUCCCUAUAUCAGGGCUGGAGAUAUUAGAGCUGCAAGUAAGGAUGGUCCAGGCAGAGUAGUGGAGGAGAGAACAUCAGAGGGCAGAGGAGCCUCAGGAGGGAAGGACUGGCAGAAUGCAAAUUUGAGGAAGAAAGAAUAUGCAUAAGUGGUCAGGAGCUGGAGAGAUGAAGGAGAUCAAAGUUCACACAUUCAUGGGGACUUCCGGGUUGGCGCCAUCGGUAAUGGCGGAUUCCCUCUGACUCUGAGGGAACGGCUCCGCGGGAUCGGGUCUGCACCGCUGCGGCGAAGUGGGGACCCUUCAAAAAUCACAGGCAGGUGAAGCCUGUGAACGUGGGACUCGGCGGGCACCUUUUGCGCCCCCCCAAUUUGCGAAGGAACCCAUUUACGGGCUCCGGAGCGAAACGGGGUGAGCGGCGCGGUGCUGAGAGUCGACUGCUUCUUCCGCGGAGUGAAGCCGCACAGCCGUUAUCGGAGAGCGCUGACUUUUUCCUGGGACAAUUUGGUUACAAAAGCAACUACCCAUGAGUAGGAUAAAAUUGGACUUAAAGGGAGAAAAAUAAUUAAUUCGGCACCGAAGCGGGGAGGCAUAAACAGGAAGUCCGCCUUCCGUUUCUUGUAAACAGAUCAAAGCAAAGAGACUGUAAGCUGAAACUUUGAAAGAUGCUUGAAAAAGGACUUAAAUCCUAACAUCAGAUAAGCGAUCUCCCCUCCGGAUUGCAGGAGAGGAGGGGGGAAAGGUUUGAACUGCAUUUUUCUGCAAAAAAAGAGAGGAAAGGAAGCUAAAAUCCACCGCUUAGAACCUGGGAACGGACUGCCUAGGGACAAUAGGAAUGCCGUUCUGUGAAAAGCACUACUGGUAAAUAGAGUACUGUUGACAGCUAACUCUGCAAGAGAGAUACAGUGUUUCUGGACUUCUCCUGGUUUUAAAGUAACUGGAGAUUAAGCGCAAUUGAAACUGUCAUCUUUUUGUGAAUUGGGGGAUUUAAAAAGGUUAUUUUCUCUUUAAAGUUACAAGUUUUGACUGUUACUGUGUCCCCCUAGAGGAGGUUUGACAUUGUUACAAUAACAACUGGGCCAGGGGAAUUUUCCACUUCAAAACAAAUCCUAGCCGUGGGACUGACCUUGGAUUCUAACUAGAGUGUUAUGGCAGAUGGAAGAGGAAAGUUAGAGUUGCUUCAAGAAAAAACUACAAGGUCUGGUAGAUCCUUUCGCACAGAUACUGGGUCACAGCGGAGAGCAUCAACAUCUGGUCCUUCUGGACCAUCUGGAUUAUCAGGGGCUGUACCUGUACAAAUUAAACCAAAAGGAAUGUCGUCUGAAGAUGUUUUAGCUUUGGCACUAGGAAAAAUUAACGAAUCUUUGGAAAACCUAAGUAAACAAGUAGCUGAAACAAAUAAACAAGUAGCUGAAGCAUCAGUUAAAAUUGAUCAAAAUACUACAAGUAUUAACAAUUUGGGACAGAAGGUGAACACCAAUACAGAGACUAUUGAGAAAUUGUUACAGGAAUCUACUUUGACCCGAAAGACAGCUGAAGAAGCAAAGGACAUAGCAACUGCUACUGAAGAGAAGAUACCACCGAUAUAUAGGCAACUCGAGGACCACAGGUUGAUGUUGUCUAUGAUUGAAUUGAAGGAGAAACAAAUGAAUCUGAGGAUCAGGGCCGUACCUGAACUUGAGAAAGAUAAUUUGAUUGACUUUCUUACGCAGGAAUUUGCAGACUUCUGGCAACUAGAUUUGGGGAAGGAAGAAUUUAAGAUAGUAAGUGCAUUCAGAACAAGGUGAGAGACUGUUUGAUUACCCUUCGAACAAAAGAGGAGAGAGACAAAAUCUUGAAUCUGCAUUUCCAAAAGACUUUGGAAAUACAUCAGUCAAGUGUGGAGAUAUUUAAAGACAUUCCAAAACAUCUUUUGGAUUUAAGGUUUAACUACGGAGAUCUGGUUGCCCUGUUGAGAAGCAAUAGAAUCAUCUAUAGGUGGGAAUUUCCCCAAGGCCUGUCCUUCAAAUAUAAAGGAAGAAAGAUAAAAAUAAGAUCAGUCGAUGACAAAGAUAGAUUCUUGAAAGAUCACGGAGAGGACUUACAGAAAGAAGUGGAAUCUGGAGAAGAGCCAAGAGCACUGGAAAGAGGAAUACUAGACAUAGCAAAUUUAUCUUUUGGAUUGCAUGGUUCAGAGAAAGUGACACCACCAACAGAACAAGAACAAACACUUGGUGCAGUUGGAGGUAAAGCAAAGUAAACACAUCAUGGCUCUGCAACUAUUAAGUUGGAAUUGUAAUGGCCUCAAUUCUCCUCGGAAAAGGAAAAGUGUUUUUCAUUUACUAAAAAAGGAACAAUUGGACUUGAUUUGCUUACAGGAAACACACGUGAUAAGGCUACAUAGAAAAGUAUUGAUUAACAAGAGAUUGGGACAGGAGUUUAUUUCAUCUGACAAAGUUAAACAAAGAGGAGUAGUGAUUUAUGCAAAGGAGAGAUUAUCACCGAAAUUUAUCUUUAAAGACGAUCAAGGAAGAUUUGUGGCAAUUGAAAUUCAAAUACAAGGAGAGAAAUUCUUGAUAGUAGGAGUUUAUGCACCGAAUGAGGGGAAAUCUGAAUUCUUUAAAAAGUUGCAUGAGACCUUAAUGGACUAUUUGGAUUACAAUCUGAUUUUGAUGGGGGAUAUGAACGGAGUGGUAUCUACAAACAUGGAUAAGGCACAAAGACAGGUAGUCACCAAGGAUGGUAGACUACCGAAAACAUUUUUUGAGAUGACAGACAACUUGGACUUAGUCGAUAUUUGGAGAACAAAGAAUCCCUUGGGAAGAGAGGGAACUUUCUUUUCUGAAGCCAAGAUGACAUGGACUAGAAUUGAUCAAAUAUGGGUAACUAGAGGAAUGGCACCAAAGAUAAAGAAAGCGGAAAUUUGUCCAAAAACCUGCUCCGACCAUAAUGCUGUAAGGAUGGAGAUGAAACUAAUAUCAACUGGCUCUUUCAGAUGGAGGAUGAAUGACACCUUAUUUAUAGAUGAAGACGUGAUUAAGAAGGCCCAAAAAACUUUGAGAGACUAUUUUGAGAUAAAUAUGAACACUAAUGUUGAAAAAAGAGUAAUCUGGGACGCAAGCAAAGCGGUUAUGAGAGGGUUCCUGAUACAACAGAAUGCAAUAAAGAAGAGAAGCCAAAAUGAGAAGAAAGACAAAAUCUUGGAGAAAAUAAAAGAAAGUGAGAAGAAAUUGAGAGCAAAACCAAAGUCGCAGGAGAUUUUGAGAGAAAUAAAGUUAUAUCAAGUACAAUAUAUGAAAAUGAUGAAUCAGGAAAUAGAAUGGAAAAUUAAACAAAUGAGACAAAAACAUUUGAAUCAGCUAAUAAAUGUGGGAAAUUGUUGGCUUGGCAAAUGAAAAAAAGACAAAAACUAAAUACUAUUAUAAAUUUAGAAGUGGAAGGAAAGAACAUACAGAACCCAGCUGAGAUCAGAAACUGUUUCCAGAGGUACUUUAAACAAUUAUAUACACAAGGGCCACAGAAAGAAAUUGAUAUAGAUCGAUUUUUGAAGAUAAAUGGAUUACAAAAAAUCUCUCAAGAAAGUAAAUUAAUGUUGAACUAUAAAAUAUCUGAACAGGAAGUAGAAGGUGCCAUUCAAAACAUGCAAUUAGGCAAAUCUCCAGGACCAGAUGGACUGACUUCUAGAUAUUAUAGAUCCUUAAAAGAGUGGUUAGUACAACCUUUAAAGGAAGUCUGUAAUGAAAUAUUGGAAGGGAAAAGGGCACCAGAGUCGUGGAAAGAAGCGUACAUUACACUUAUACCGAAAACAGAGACUGAAAAGACUCAGCUUAAGAACUACCGCCCCAUAUCAUUACUUAAUGUGGAUUACAAAAUUUUUGCAGAUAUUUUGGCCAAGAGAUUGAAAAAAGUGUUGAUGGAAGAGAUUCAUAAAGACCAAGCAGGCUUUCUCCCGGGUAGACAUUUGUCUGACAAUUUGAGGAAUAUAAUUAAUACAGUAUUUUGGAAAAACUAGAAGUGAAUAUCAACACUAAGGCAGCUUUGAUAUUUGUGGACGUGGAGAAAGCUUUUGAUAAUAUUUCUUGGAGUUUUAUGAAGAAGAACUUACAGGGGAUGGGGGUGGGUGAAGGAUUUGGAAAUGGUAUAGGUGCAAUUUAUUCUGAACAAAAGGCCAAGUUAAUUGUUAACAAUGAGGUGACGGAGGAAUUUAAGAUAGAAAAAGGGACACGACAAGGUUGCCCAAUUUCCCCAUUGCUUUUUAUAUCAGUCCUGGAGGUUUUGUUGAAUAUGAUUAGAAGGGACCAGUUGGUUAAAGGUAUACAAGUCGGAGCUAGACAGUAUAAAUUGAGAGCUUUUGCAGAUGAUUUAGUAUUGACAUUACAGGAGCCAGAAUCUAGUGCUAAAAGAGUUUUGGAACUGAUUCAAGAAUUCGGUCAAGUUGCAGGAUUUAAACUGAAUAAGUUAAAAACAAAGGUUUUAGAGAAAAAUUUAACAGCGACUGAAAGAGAGAGGUUUCAGAAUGAGACAGGUUUAACAGUGGUUAAGAAAGUGAAAUACCUUGGGAUUAAUAUGACAGCUAAAAAUGGGAACUUAUUUAAAGACAAUUAUGAAAAAUGUUGGACGGAAGUGAAAAAAGAGGGAGACAAAUUGAAAUUGCAGAGUUUUGAAAAAUUAAAAAACAAAGUGCGAGAUUGGCUUCAUUAUUAUCAAAUAAUGGAGGCAUACAAUUUGGACAAAAAAAUUGGAUUGCAGGUGGAAAAAUCAAAAUUGGAAACAGAACUGUUGGAUCCCAAAACUAAGAUUUUGUCAAGGAUGUAUAACUUGCUGUUGAAAUGGAAUACUCAGGAUGAAACUGUGAAAUCUGCUAUUAUUAAAUGGGCACAAGAUGUUGGACAUAACAUUAUGAUGGCUGACUGGGAACAGUUAUGGACCACAGGUAUGAAGUUUACGGCAUGUAAUGCUUUAAGAGAGAAUAUUAUGAAAAUGAUAUACAGGUGGUACAUGACCCCAGUCAAGCUUGCAAAAAUUUAUCAUUUGCCCGAUAAUAAAUGUUGGAAAUGUAAAGAAGUUGAAGGUACAUUCUUUCACCUUUGGUGGACGUGCCCAAGGAUUAAGGCUUUCUGGGAGAUGAUAUAUAAUGAAAUGAAAAAGGUAUUUAAAUAUACCUUCCUGAAGAAACCAGAGGCCUUUCUCCUGGGCAUAGUCGGCCAAUUGGUGCCAAAGAAGGAUAGAAUUUUCUUUAUGUAUGCCACAACAGCAGCAAGAAUACUUAUUGCAAAGUACUGGAAGACACAAGACCUACCCACCCUGGAAGAAUGGCAGAUGAAGGUGAUGGACUAUAUGGAAUUGGCGGAAAUGACUGGCAGAAUCCGAGACCAGGGAGAAGAGUCGGUGGAAGAAGAUUGGAAAAAGUUUAAAGACUAUCUACAGAAAUAUUGCAAAAUUAAUGAAUGUUAGAAUGAUGUUGGAUAGAAAUUAAGUGGUUUUUAGCUGUAAUAUUAUAAGGGAAUAUGAAAAAUGGAUUAUUAAUAGGUAAAAAUUUAAUGUUACAAUAUUUUAAGAUUAAAGACUAGGAUAAACAAAGAGGGAAGGAUUUGCUGAACUAACAAACUGAACUGGAAUACAAAAAAGGGAGGCGCGAGGAGGUCCGGGAAACAAGCAAAUGAAAGAUAAGUAACGGAAAGAUUGAGUUGUUUUUAACUACUUUUAUUUUGUAUUUUCCUUUUUUCUUUUUUCAUUUAGUAAUAUCUUGAAAAUUUCAAUAAAUAUGUUUUUUUUUAAAAAAAAGUUCACACAUUCAUAUUUUAAACAAGCAGCCAGAUUUUGUGCUGCAGACCUUCAGUGCUCCUGUAAUGUGUGAAGUGAUCUGAGGGCAGCAAUGGACUGUUCAGAAGCACUGUUGGUUUUUAUGACAUGCCCAGGCUUCUCUCCUCCCACAGAGCUCUGAGGCGUUGUAUGGCAGUGCCCCUGACCACCACGUCACAGCUGCUUCACCAGACGGGGAGAACAAGACUCUGAUGAAUGGCCUUGUGGGCUCCCGGCACCCCUCCAGCGUCAGCCUCUCCCACAUGACUAAUGGACCAACCCACUAUGAGGAGAACGUUGGGGGCAAUGAUGAACCUGCUGAACUGCCCAACAUCCCCACCCGGCGCAGGAUGAGCAGGUGCUGGCCGGGAUGAGGUCCUGGGCUUGCGGGGGAAGGAAGGGUGUGGUGUGGCUGAGUGGGGAGGCAGGAGCCAGGAUUCCAGAGUUCCUUACAGCCCUCUGUACCUCUUCAGGCGGAGCUCUGAUAGCAGCGGCAUCCCACCUACAGUGCAUGAAGAAGCCACACACACCGAAGACUACAGGGAGGACACCUCAGUGGAGCAGGGAUACUAUAGCCGGGAAGAGGACUCUGAGAGCCUGGCCUCCCGUGACAGGUAAGAGUGGUCCUAAGACAGAACAGAGCAACUUUGGACAUGGCCCUGACCUUAUUUGCAAGUUGCCAUAACAAAAUGACUGCUUCCCUGUAGUCCAGUUCCACAUUGUUCCAGUUAACAUCUCAGUGGAGGAAUAAUGUGGCACCUUCUGCUGCAAUCCUGCUCCUUCAUGCAGAAGUCAAAUAGUAAAGAAUCACAUAAUUUCCUCCAUCCGCGGAACAUAACUACGUGAAAGGGGCAUCUGGACCCAAUGUCGCCACUGAGGGACAGCAUAGACAUUGGUGUCUUUAUGAUAUAUGGCCCUCAUUGUUGAAGGGCCACAGUAUGUGGACAGUAAGUGAUUGUGGCAAAUCCCAACACCAGGAAGAAAUUCCUCACGGUGCAAACUGAGAGUGGAACAGACUGCCUCGGAUGGUAGUGGUGGACUCUUCGUUUGAGGUUUUGUUGACCACCUGUCAUAGUGGAUUUCCCGAACUGGCAGGGGGUUGGAUUUGAUGGCCUUUUCAAAUCCCUUCCAGGCCUUUGCUUCCUUGGGACCGGCAUGCUCACUCAGCGCUGAGGCUGCAAAGAACGAGGGUUCCAGGGCCAUUAGGAACGAAGGCUGUUUUGUCAUUCACUGAUUUGUGUGCUUUCUUCCCUAUGCAGGCAGCCCUGUCUUCACACUCCUCAGCCCCAUCGCCGUCGUUGGGACAACAGCUAUGGCGGCUCUUUGCCCCUCCCCUCCCGGCGCAUCAACAAUGGGAUGGUUAAUGGCAUGCUGGACGGCAGGCAACCCAAGCGCAGGCGCCUCCUGCCUCCCACACCCACAGGUCAGGAUGACAGGGAACUUGGGUUACCUGGGCAAGUGACUCUGGGAGUGCGUAAAUGGAGGAGGGCUGGAUUGCAUGGCUCCCCUGGGUCAUAAAUACACCCCCUUUUUAAAUACAGUGGUACCUUGGGUUACAUACGCUUCAGGUUACAGACUCCACUAACCCAGAAAUAGUACCUCAGGGUAAGAACUUUGCUUCAGGAUGAGAACAGAAAUCGUGCUCCAACGGCAUGGCAGCAGCCGGAGGCCCCGUUAGCUAAAGUGGUGCUUCAGGUUAAGAACAGUUUCAGGUUAAGAAGAGACCUCUGGAACGAAUUAAGUACUUAACCCGAGGUACCACUGUAUAUGCUGCAGAGUCAAGCAGAAAAGCUUUUCAUAGACAGUACUUCUUCAGACUUGGUUCAAAGUUCUCCUGGGAGUGGGUGGGUAGCUUCUUGCAGAUAGAAAGCUAGCAGGGAGAAGUCUUCUGUCAGAAUGCAGCUAUUUUAUGCACAGGGAGUUUUCUUUAUGAGAGGAGCAUUUAAUGCUUGAUGGAUCAGGGGAAUGCUGUGGACAUAGAGAAUAUGGAUCAGUAAGGCUUUUGAAAAAGUUCCCCAUUAUAUUAUUGCAAGGAAGCUGGUAAAAUGGGGGCUGCACAAGGUAACUGUUAGCUGAAUUUGUAGCUGGUUGACUGACCAGUGCUCAUUAAUGGUUCCUCAGGGUUCGCCUUGGUACUCGUCCAUUUUGGCUCCCAAACGCUGCCAACUGCAGUUUGCAAAUGUUCUUAGGAAGCCAAAUGUCUGAUGGGGCUUCCACAGCUUCCGAUUGGCUGCAGGAGCUUCCUGCCUUGGAAGCCGUGCUUUGGUUCCGAAUGCUUUGGAGGUCAAACGGACUUCUGGAAUGGGUUCCGUUUGACUUCCAAGGUAUCACUGUAUAUAUGUAGAGAGAGACGGUAUUGCAUGACACUCCAAUCGCCAAGCAAUGUGAGAUUCCAGGGGUUCUCAACACUUACCCAGGGUUCAAUUUAUUUGGAAUGAGGGGCAGCAGACAUAUAUAUCUGUCCCUCUCUGGCCUUCUGGCUUCUUCUAGCCAGAUCUCACAACUCUUUUCCCUUCUCACUACCACUACCAGACAGGUGAGGGAGCAGGGACAGAGCAGCUUCCUCACUUAUACUAAUGACCCAUACUUAGGUGGCCAUUACAAAGAACCUGGCCUUGCUAUUCCUUGCUGGAUCCAGGAAUUGGAAGAGACUCAGCAAUACGGCCUACUCACCUCCGCCCCCCCCAACUCACACUACCUCCCUCCAACAACAAGACAUUUCCCCCCAGAUAUACAAACAAACAACAGGCCUUUUAAACCACUAUAGAGUUAUUGUCUCUGCUGUAUGUUUUUGGUUUUUUGUCUUUUGUUUGCUUUGCUGUCCUUUCUUCUGUAUGUUAUUGUGGCGUGAGAGUUUAUGUUUCUUGGUGUGUGUUUGUUUUUUAAAAACCUUUUUAAAAACAUUGAGAGCCCCUCUGAAAACACUGGUGUGUAAUAUAUCAAAUGAACAAACAGUUUGGUGGUCAGUGGGUUCAGCCAAAUGCGCUGGUGUGGCAGAGGGCAGCCACCCCACACUUGCGGCCUCUUACACCUUCUCUGGCCUUCCUUUCCCCACCUCCCUGCUUUUGUAGGCCGCAAACCAGCCUUCAGCAUCCAGUGCCUGCAGCGUCAAGGCAGCUGUGAUGACAUCCCCAUCCCAGGCACCUACCACCAGAAUGCACCACCCUGCCGAGCACGUGCACAGGUAAUUCUUGCACAGGGUGUGUGUGUGUGUGUGAGAGAGAGAGAGAGAGAGAGAGACUGACUUAGUAUGUACCAUACUUCUGUUCUACUGCUGAGGCCAUCCCAUCCACUGGCCAUCUCACCAGCUCUCUCCUCUGUACCAGGGCUAUGGCAGCUAUGACUCGUGGCACAGUGGCAGCCACUCCUCAACAGCAUCCUCACAGUCGUGGGCCACACCACCUAAGCGGGGCCGGUUGCUCUAUGCCCCACUAAUCCUGGUGGAGGAGGAUGGGUUGCCAGGGCACAGCUGGGAGAAGAACAGCAACAGCCUUCCGCCCAUGUCGCGAGCGCGCUGGUACAUGAAUGAGCCUGAGCUGCCCUACCGCUCUUAUGGCCAGCUGCGUGUGCCCGGCCCACUCAAGCACAGCUACAGCGACAAGCCUGGCAGUGCCGACAGCCUGGUGGAGGCGGUGAGUGCAAGGCAGACUUCUCUGUCUCUGGGAUGCAGCUCUUUGGGACCCACCUUCCACUGCCCCCUCAUCCCUCCUGCAAGAAUAGUUUUUGUCACCCUGAUUGGGGUGGGUGUGGGUGAAUCAGUGUUUCUCAAACUUGGACCCCCAGCUGUUGUUGGACUACAACUCCCAUCAUUCCUGACCACUGAUCCUACUAGCUCAGGGUGAUGGGAGUUGGGGACCCAAGUUUGUGAAACACUGGUAUGUAUUUAAAUCCUUUUGUUUUCCCUUGGUUACUCAGCCUCAUGCAAGUGUACCUACAACCACACAUAAAUACAAUGUGGGGGGUGGGGGUGGCAAGUUGUGCCUUCCCUCCAGCUUGUGAACCUUUCUUACUUAAGGAUAUCACCAGCCCCAGUAUGGAAAGCUCCUCUGGUUUAGUCCUCUGGUAUGCUGCUUAGGGCAGAAGAGAUUUUAUCGCUAGGAGGGUUGUAUGUGCGCUGCACUGAAAAUUAUUUCAAAUUACAUGCCAAAUAAAGCCAGAUUUUGCAGCCUAAAACCAAAAGUGCACAUCAGCUGGUGUCCUCCUUAUUAUGCAGAGUUCGUUCUGGUUCUACUAGCAAUGGCAGAAUGAGAAAGAGCCAGAGCCUCACUCCUGGCUGCCUUCUAAGGCUGCACUGGGCACAGCUUUACAAGUUUUUUUAGCACAUCCCCAACACUGUGCAGGCUAAAAUCAGGCAUUUGCUUUUAGCAGAAAUAUGUGAUUCUCAAAUUACUGGAUUUGAUAUCCAUUCUAGUGUUUGGCUUGUGGUAUUAAAUGUUGGAGGACGGGAAAUGAGCAACAGUUUCACCUAUGAAAUCCACUGGCUCUUUGGGUCUCUCACCUAUGGAAUCCACUGGCUCUAUUAAGACAGCAUGCCAAUCCAUGAAUUGUGUUAUCCAUAGUUUACAAUCCAAACCAUGGUUUGAACUUCCAAAUAUACAACAGGCUGGCCAUGGUUGCUUAUUUGGUUUCAUAAGUGUGCUCCCACCUCCGUUGUGCAGCAGCUUCUUGAGGCAGAGUGAUAACCAUAACUAUGGUUUGUCAGUUCAGGAAUCAUCCUAAGCCACAGUGAGCACAAACCAUGGUUUUCAAGGUCACUUCAAACCAUGAUUUCUAUUUCCAUUUUGCCAGCUGACUGAAACUAGUUUACCAAUUUAGACAACAUAGGUAAGCUUACUUAACCAUGAUUUGGUGUGAUGUCCAAACUGAGCUACUGACUUGGUUGGUUGUGUACUGCAUAACUUUGACUAGCAGAACCCUUUCAUCUUUCUUCUUCCAGGUGCUCAUCUCUGAGGGUCUAGGCCUUUAUGCACGGGACCCAAAGUUUGUGGCCUUCACCAAGCGGGAGAUUGCUGAUGCCUGCCACAUGACCAUUGAUGAGAUGGAGAGUGCUGCCACAGACCUGCUGAGUCGCAAGGUCCCUGGUAGCGAAAGCAGCAGCCGAGGUGGUGGUGGUCACGCCUUGUACAGCAGCGACGGGGAGCACAGUGGGGCUGGGAGCCUAGGUCCCGUUUACAGCGAUGAGGAGCCCUUCCGCUCCCGUGAGGAAGAGGACUUGGGUGACGAGAUGGCUUGCGUCACUUCUUAUUGA